AUGUCCCGAGUUCUGGCAUUCUUUCCCUUUAAAAAAAACUAUGCAGCCCUAGCGGUGGUGGUAUUAACUGGGCUCCCUGGGAAAGUCUGCGAAGAGAGGGAGAGGGGGGACGAGCCGAGCCGGAGACGAGAGAUCAUGGCGGCACCUCUUGGACGGGACACCCUACCUGACCACUGGUCGUACGGAGUUUGUAGAGAUGGCCGGGUCUUCUUUAUUAAGUGAGCCGGGUUAAAACUCCUCUCCACUUCACUCGGCAUUGUUGUUGUUUUAUUAUCUCCCAGUAACAGGUGUCUUUCUUGCAGUGAUAAAACUCAUAGCACUACUUGGCUACAUCCACGCACUGGUGAACCUGUUAACUCGGGACACAUGAUACGGUCAGGUACGCGACAAAAUAAUCUGAUUUGGAGGAUACCGAGGGACGUUUCUGUGCUGCAAUGUGUUCUCUGUCUGUGGCGGACUCGCUCAGUGUGUUUUUUGUCCGUGUUAUAGAUCUGCCAAGAGGAUGGGAAGAGGGCUUCACGGACGAAGGAGCCAGCUACUUCAUCAAGUGAGUGGGCUCGUGAGCUUUGUUGCGUAGUUUGACCGCGUACAAUUUGAUCCCAUUAGCUAUGCGAGAGCGCUUUGUGACAAAAUGCCUUUCUACCCCUUUUCUUUGCCUGAUACGGUGCAGUUGUGACACAUUUCUUAGCAUCGACUUGCACUCCAAACAGUUCCUCUUAAACUACUUUCUACAUAAUAUAAGGUUAGGGUUUGACAUGGAUGCACACAAGUACUGUUUAUGGAUUAACACACUGGGGUCCCAUCAGGUAGGUGAAAGCAAUUACCUUUGCCUGCAUUGUGAAUGGGAAGUGGCAGUGCCUAGCAGGACAGGAUCAAGCCUAUUAAAAUUCUCCUCACAUCCUCCAUGCAGGACCUCUACUCUCUCCAUUAGAUAGGUGUACAGCCUUGCUGUGUGUGAGAGAAAGGAAGUGUGUGUGUAUAUAUGUGUGUGUUGGAGAGACUGUAAAGGUUGCAGGAGAGGGGUGUGACCAUGUGGUGACAGAGAUGUAUGGCAUGAUUGCAUUAUUGAAGCAGAGAGGACGGGAUUUCCAAAGUCACAGACAGCCCUGUGAAGUUUUUUCUAUUUUGAUAGAUUUUCACAUGUCCUUCAUACUUAAGAUUCGCAGGAUUUAAGUUAAUAGAAGACAGCACAAAAUCGAUGCCGUGUAGAUGCUGCACUCAUUUAUUAAACAAGACAGUACUGGGGUUAAAUGUGUGUUAUGGGCUAGACUCCAAUGAAAGAUUCUAUUCCUUAUUUAUCAUUUUUAUGAUUUAUUGAAAAAGUUCUUCAGUUAUGCUUUUUAAAAGUUUCAGUGUUUCAAAACUCAUCUUUUUGUGAAACAAACAAUUUAAACUCAUGACUUUCCUUUAAUUAAGUGGCAGAAAGUAUUGUACCUGUAGUGGUAAAAACCUGAACAAGCAAUAUUGCGGCGCGACGAUAGGUCCUGUAUAUUUGUGUGACACGCUGCUGCUGUUCCAAAGAAGCACCCGCAGUUCACUUAAGAGACUAAACACAACUCACCUACUCUGUUCCAGCAGCUGCUUGUUUGUAGCGAGACCUCGGGCCAAUCCAUUACGGACUACAGCAGGUUGACACAGCUCAAGGAAGAACAUUUAUGAUAUUACUUCAUGGAAAUGCAAUCAGACUGAGACCGUACGGCAGAAGAGCUACCACGUCUGCAGUGCAAAAUGAUUGAUAUGGUGAUUAUUAUCAUAAAUGUUCUUCCUUGAGCCGCAUCAACCGGCUGUAGUCUGAACAAGCAAUAUUGCGGCUCUCCUAGUACCUUUAGAAAAGUCUUUUGAGGCAGAGGAUAGGUCCUGUAUAUUUGUGUGACACACUGCUGCUGUUCCAAAGAAGUACCCACAGUUCACUGAAGUUUUCGGAGCUUUAAUAACAGAAAAAUGCUUCUACAGUUGCCAAUGAUUACACGUGCACAUCAGAUAGAAUAUGUGGACCCUUUUGCGACAUGUAUCAUUGCAAACAAAGAACAUAAAGCGCGGUCAACAAAAAUUACGGCUACCUAGGCUCACCGCUUCACCCCAGUACAGUUUCAAACACAGUGCCCACAUGACCCAAACCCAGCGAAACCAAUGGCAACCAGACAAAAGUCAUUGAACGCAGGAUAACCGAUAAGCAAAGCAACAUUAUGGCUCCUACGAGCAAAUAUUAAACUUGUACCUGAAGUAGCUUUAAUGGUUAAUCAGCUAUCACAGUUUUCAGCAAAUCACUCCAGCUGAUUAAGUGGUAAAUCAUGGCAGUCUAAACAUCAAAAUUUCAUUUAGUUCUGCACCAUUAAACGUAUAAAAAAGAGUUUGAGAAUCUGCUUCUGUAAAUUAUACUAUGAGAAAAACUGGGACACAAGAGCAACCACCAAAUCAUGAUGAAAGCGAUCGGUUAAGUCAGGCUAAUGAUGACAAAUAGACAGCCUUGUGGAAAACAAAACAGGGACAAAUUCUCCUCUGGUGCCGGAUCAUUGUGAAUUGCAGUGGUUCCUCCCACUUCAGUUCGUUUAAGGUUUUGGAGUUUGGCUACCCAUUGUCCAGUCGUUGGUCUUUUAGUUUGCUCCAUUUGUUUGAAACAGAGAGGCUGUAUGGGGAGCUUUUAUAUCCCUGCGGCUGCAGCCUUUCUUGAAGUUACUAAAGAGUUGUUUGCUCAUCAUCAUGCAGAGAUCUGCAGACACCAGUUGGUAGCACUGUACAAACAAUGCAGACACUUUUUUCUAUUUAGCAAUGCCUGCUCCUAAAAAUAUGCCUGAACCAGUGCAGUUAAUCACAGGCUAGAAUUGUUGUUUUGAAAAAAGCGACAUACAUGAAAGAUCUCCAAAUACAGGUUGCUCUGACCCAGACAAAUGAACAUCCGUGUGUUCAAUAGAGUCUUUGAAAGACAUUUCAGCAUCCAAAACCAGAGGCUUUUUUAUAAAAGACACAUAAAAUGGUUGGCUGUCAUUUCUGUUGAGUGUAGAAUAGGACACCCUUUGUGUUUCCCUCUUUUACACACUUUUUCUCUGUAAGACGCUAGAACAAUACAGCAGUGAAGUUGUGUGAUAUAUAGUCGCUUAAAUGUCAAGGCUGUUAAAUCAGGCGACAACUUGUUGCCCCGUUGGCAUGGUGGAAGGAUCCUGUUUUGCUCCUGCUCACUGCUCUUUCUUUGUCUUCAAGAGCUAAUUUGUUGGAGUCAAACAGAAGACAGGAACAGCUUAUCUGAAGCACAGCGGGUAUUUCUCAAUGUUCUCCUGGUGCGUGGAGGAAAGUCAAGUCAUUGUAUGUUUGCCAGACUAGGUAAAACUGCACGGUCAUUAUUGAUGCUCAACAAAUUGAGCCAAAAUGAAGACCAGUCUUAGCUUUAUCAUGUGACUAUGGCUAUGGAAACAUUACACAGUCGAGUGUAACACAUCAGUUUAGGAUCAGCGUUUUGAUGUUGUCUUUGUCAAACACCCCAAGUGAUAAUACUUGUAAAGACUUCUGAGGAAUAUCACAGAUAGAAUGGUCCAUAACAGAUUGAUUUAUUGAGAUAUUAGAUCAUUUACUAUGACACAUGACUCAAUGGGAACAUCUCUGCUAAUGCACACCUUUAUUAUUGUCUGGUGACUUGAGUGCUGUCAUUUCAUUAUCAUGGAGCAGUUUUUCUCUGGUGGUUUAUUUGAUUUAUUGCUGACCCAGGUAUGAUACCAGGUUUCAUUAUUUAUCCCCCUUGUGUACAGCGUAAUAAAGGCAAGUGUCACUUGUGUCAAGCUUACCUAGCUUCACACUGAAGCACUCAGCGAAUCAAGUCACCAGCAGAUACACAGACCUUGUUUAUUUAUCACUAGCAUUGCUCCAAAGCAGAGUAAAGGUUAAAAAGCAGCUCAUUCAUAAAUAAUGUUUUUGCACAUUAUGGUGUAAGAUCUGCUUUGGUUAUUAAUGCUGGAUGGCAAACCUCACACAGUGGUGACAGCAAAGAUGGCGUUUGCUCAGUUGUGUAAUUCUUUAAAAACAUAAAAAGUUGGACUGAAACGCUUAGUCUGAUGCCCAAUUUUAGACCAUUAAAACUAAUACAAAUGUUAGUUUUUACAACAGAGUACAACUCAGCAUUUUAAAAAUCAUUUGAAAAUUACAGGGGCCACCCCCUAUAAGCCUGAGUUUAACUCUGUGCCAAGAUGUAUUUCAUAGUUUCCCAUACUUGUUGACAAUCGAGUUUUAAGACCAAAGGCAGACCUUGCCAAACUUGACCACCGUUUUUAAUUCUGCUUCUUUUCUCUGCCACAAACUCAACCAGGGCUGAAGUUGACAUGGUGCUGCCGUGACAACAGGUUUUGUUGAUGUUGGUGUUUCGUUGAGAUGGAGCUCAAUGAAAGGAUUGUUCUGAUGCUGUUGCUGCAGCAAAACUCAUUUAUUUACACCUCGCUGUUGGCCGGCCUGUGGUCUGAGGACCUGAACCAUGGGUUGAGUGUGGGCAGUGGUUUAUUUUUGGUACUCAGAGGAAGGACUGAAGGUUUGGCUAAGACAUGAAGGAUUUAUACAUGAUGACAUGAAGAUUAAGUUAUCUAGAUCUUCUUUUAUAUAUGAUAAAAAAAUUAUCUACUGAGUGCAGUCAUUAAAGCAUCAACUAAACUGGAGUGUGUGAUCUGGAGGAGAAGAUUGUGUUCAACUAAUAAGGCAAGGUUUGUUGUCAUUUGUGGCAGCAGAUUGAAACAGAGCGUCUCUGGCUGUCAUACUUCUGGCAAAUCUCCAAGGGACUGACCCAAUUUGAAAGUCAUCUUCCCAAAUCGUCCCGUUUCAGUCCCUGCAGAUAAUAUGACAGAGAUGAAAAAGACUUGUGUGCUGACAGGCACUGGUGUUGGCAUUGGGUCUCACUUUGGGUAAUGAAUUGGACAGCAAAAGAAGGUUGAACUUUCAUGAACUUUGAGCUUCCCUCAUAUGGUUAAAUAGAUCAAUUUGUUACAGAUGGCUUCCCUGGAAGAACAAUUGAAAAGAAUGUAAACAAUUUCAUGUGUUAGUUUCAGAUCUAUGAACACGGUGGUAAAUAAAGACGAAGAAGCAAAGUGAUUACUGAAGUUAUUAUAUCAUAUUGUAUGAUUGAUUGAAGUAAUUCAAAAGUAAAACCCGAGUUCAGCUGGAUUAACUCUUUACCACACUGCACUCAGCAGGCAUAGGAAAUGUGCAAUUCUAUAGCUCCCUGAGGGUAAAAAAUGACCCCAUUGAGGUAUAAUGGUGUCCUGUCGAGGACACAGUUCACAUUGUUCAAUGGACUUACAAUGCAGUGGAAGAGUCCAGGAGGAAGGGUUUGAUGUAAAACUCAGAUAUCUUAUCAGAAAGAGUUUUGAGACUCUUGGCUUCAUGUGCUGCUGUCAUAACACCAUCAGUAUUUCAUUGUUAUUUUACAUUUGAAAGCUUUUUAUCUUCUUAGUCUCAUGCCACUCGUAAAUUUUUAGGUUGUGCUUGCAUUUUUUUUUCUAACUAGCUGAGUAUUUUUGACCAGGACUGUGUGAGUUCAUUACACGAGAGGUGUUUUGGGAGUUUGUUGCAUGGCGUUUUAAUACAGGAUAAAUAAAAAGUUAAGCAGUCCUUCAGGCCCUUAUCUUUUGGUUGACUUAAUGAAGCUUAGUUUUUCUGCAAACACAGCAAAUCCAUGCUUAAUGCUGACUUCAACAGAUUGCCAAUAGAAAGUUUAGGGCAUAAAUUGGCCCCUAGGUUCCUCAAAUGAACUUGUCCCACAUUAGGCAAUUUGGCAUUACUUUUUUAAAUUGUCAAAGUCAAUUUAACACCAAACAGUGACUUUUAAAAGCUUUUUAAUGCAGCAAAACUUUUCAGCUGCUCCUCCAAACAGGGCCAUUCUGUACAGGAUAACUUGAGCUCAGUGGAUUUCAGAUACACAACACUUCUGAAGAUUUCUUUUCAACCUUGUCUUCCUAUGGGUUCAGGCAGGAAGCCAGUCCCAACAAAUACCAUUUUUUCAGGAAGUUUUCAGCAGCACUAACUCUUGUUGGAAAUGGUCGGUACGCAGACUUUAUUCCCUUGAUAAUGCAUUGAAACUUAAAGGAACAGUGCACUGAUUUUCAACUUUACCUCUAUCUCUUCCAGAAGGCUGCAACAAACUGUAAGUGCCUGUUUUGUUUUCUGGUAAGCUCUAUGUUUGCGGGGGAAGUUUCAGCAAAUGAAUCUGUUGUUUUUUGUCUACAUGCAUGAUUUCAGGUUUAACAUGGUAUAGUAGCUGGCCAGAAAAAAUAGAGGCUAGUUUAUGUCUUGAUAGGAUGGCUUAAGAAACAGAGAGGACAUACAAGUAGAAAAGUUGGGGAUGACAUACACUAAAUUGAAUCACAACAAGGAAGUAAUCAUGAUCAGUGUGACAAGGAGUAAAGCCUCUGUGCCUGCUCUACCUACUCGGCUACACCAGCACUAGCAAUAUGUUUGCAGGGCAGAGACAUUAUUGACAAGAAAACAUUUGGCUGGUUUGGAUGAUCAGAUGUUUGUUCCACUGAGUGAGUACACAGCUGAGACUACAAUAUGCCAGGUAGAUCCUGUGGCUGCUCAUUGUGGACACUGCAGGUUUGGCUCUAUUAGCUUUCUUGUCUAUAUCAGCGUACAUUUAAGAAUUGAUUGAUCCAAUAUAUUACAUUUAGCAUCCACACUGAAAGGACAUCCACAUAAAAUAAUACAACGACAUUAGUCUGUGACUCCACUGUGUAUUUCAGUUGGUACCCACCGCUGUCAGAUAUGCUAAGUACCCUUCAUGUUUGCUCUAAGGACCCUGGAUGCAGAGGGGUGUUGUUUGGAAAUCGUUUGUCCAGGGUGAUUGGAAGUGAUGAAGAAAGAUUGUAAACACAUCGCUGAAUACUAAUGAGGUUGAGCUGUAUUGCUUCUCGCAGCAGACAGGUGGAUCGGGGGACAGAAUAAGUGCGGCAGCUGUUUAACCUUACUGAAGAAGACUGCAGACCUCUGUGCUAUUGAUACAUUUAUAGAUUUAUUUUGCUACCCGAGAAAGAGAGAGAGUCUGUGUACUAUAUGAACCUGGUUUAGAUGCUACAAACCAGGACAGUAUGGGUUUUAUUUGGUUCAAUGUUAGUCAGUCAGUUAGCAAGGAUGUUACACUUAAUAAGAUCCCACAUAAUAAAGUUCUUCUUAUCUUAUCUUAUCAACAUCAACAGCUCUUAGUCUACUGUACGUGUGCUUCAGUAAGCUAAUACUGAGUACUGACAUACACGUCUAUCAUAGUGCUGCGGCUUGUCUCUGCUUUUGAUGAUAAACUCUCAGUUAUUUUCCAGACACUUGCACUCUUUUCUUCUUCUUCUUUUUUUCCCGUUGUGCCAGCUUAUUGUGACAAACUGCUUUGGCACACCUUAUAGACGGCAAAGUUAUCCUCCAGAGCCAGCUUUGCUUGUUGAACUGCCCCAUAAGGCUCCACAGUGUACUGAAGCAGCAAUAUUUCUGAAAGUGGUGUCCGAAGACUAUGGUAGUACCUCUGCUAGUGAAGUUUAUUUUGCUUUGAACAGCAAAGUAUCUAAUGCUUGACUUUAAAUAAAUCCAUUAGUCUUUACCUUCAUUGUAACAGGAGGUCUCUGAGCAUUGCAGCUUCACCGAAUCAUUUCUGGGGCUGUCAAGUUGGCAUUGUGUCUCCUUUGUGGACAAAAUAUCUGGAUUUUUUGUUCAUUUCAUUCUUGUUAAAGGUGCAUGAUGAUUUCAUACAGCAGACCAAAAGAUGAAGGUUAACCCCGCCAAGCAGCUUUUACAAAGCAUGCAUUCGAAAAAAUUAACAUGUGCCAGUAUUCCCUGUAUGUUCAUCGAUAGAUAUUACUUGGCGUAGUUGAUUUUACACAUUACAUAUUGUAAGAAUACACAAAUUCUGUGAUAGGGAUAAAAACAAAACCCCCUUUCUUGAUGAAGUUUGAUUAAUUAGAGGAUUUGGUCUUUCUUCUUGAGACAUGUAUUCAAUUAUGUCAAUAUACAAAAAUGACACUGAGUCAAAUGCAAGUAUGUUGAUGUUUAAUUCUGGUAAACUUUCAACCAGGGAAAGUCACAGACACUCACCAUCAUAAGAAAUGCUCCUUAUUUGUCAAUUUAAUACAUUUCGAUUUAGUGUCCAGGCUUAAGAUUUCUCAUUUCUCAUAUACACAACUCCUGUUGACUCUCUUGUGUGUGUGUGUCUGUGUGUAAACACCGCUGAGUCUCUCUCUCUACCUUUCUCAUGAGCCACACAGUGACCUUCAGCUGGAAAUAGAUAUUCAGAAAUCGUUAUGUCAUUCUUGACAGGUGAAUUCAGAUGGAUCAGAUUACUCCGUCCUUAUCUUUGCAAAAUAAAUCCAAAAGGACUUUGGUUGUAGAAGUAUUGGCAGGACAAAAACAGUGAAAUACCAGGACCAUGUUGUAGACUGUAAUUCCUUCCCGGUAUGAAAUAUCUGCUUGUUACUGGAUAUUUUGCAUCACUGUGUGGUUUUGUUAUUUGGACUUGGGUUAGACUGAUGACAUUUAGCUAAAUAUGAGGAGCUGGCAACAUAAUAUGUAUGUUGUCCCACUGAAACAUCAGAUUUGAAGUAUUUAACGAACUAUCUUAAACUCCUUUUUCAUUCCCUUAUUUGAAUUCAACCCCCUUCUUGUUGCACUGCUUUUCCCACCAUUGCACCAUGUGUGCUGUGCAGGGAAUGAAAAUAGUGAAUGAACAGGCUAAGUACAUUUCAAGGUCAAGAGAAUAUCAACAUGAUGUACAGCUCUAGUCUCAGUCUGUGCAUCAUCUCAAGAAUAGUCUUCAAUAUAUAUCUGUGUUUUUUUGGAGUCGUGAAGAGUGAUGGUUUUCGCUGGGCCGCUGGAACAUUACAACCACUUCAUUUCCCUGUUACAGACACGCGUAGACACACAACCUUACCUUGAAGCAUGCAUCAUUAAUCCAUGAGUGGCCUCACUCCAGUAGAGUGAUUUAUGUUGAGCAUUUCUAUCAUCAGUAGAUCCUUGUGUCGUGUUGGAAAUUGUGUCCCGCUGUUAAUAGGCUUGUAGCUGUUUGUCACUUAGAGUAUUUUCUUACUUACAGAGCUUCUGUCUGUAUGUUUGCUGUCCAUAUCAUACCCAUGUGAUUUGUAAUGAGCAUUGUGACAGUUAAACAAUACAGACUGUACAGUACUGUGAGGCCUACAGAUAGAGUUGGAGGUUAAAGCGACAGACUGAAUAGAGACGAUGAGGACAAAGAGUAGAUUGAGAGUCUGGUACAGUGAUCGUUUGUGCUGUAGGACAGAGAGGAAGCUUUCCAUCAGGCCUUCCUUGGACUUGUGAUAUUUAACCCUGCGCUGAAUGCAUAUAUUAGGAGCUGCAAGCCUGAGGUGUGCCCUGUCUGAUGAUAUGCGUUAUCUAGAAUGAGUCAUUUACUGUCCACACAGCUCAGGCUGGUUUACUAGUCAGAGCUGGAGCAGGAGUCAGAGCAGAAACACGGCAGGGGAGAUGCCCGAGCUGGGAUGGGGACCUGCUGUUGCAGCUGCCUGCCCCUUGGCCAGGGGACUGACUUGGCUGAUCAUGAAACAGAGGUGGUUGCUGAGCUGGAGCACGUCAGUUCGGAGAAAGAAGAGGGGCAGAUUGAGACAAGGUAACAAUCUUCACAGUGAAGAUUUGUUUUUGACUUUGAGUAAAGAGCAAUGCUGGUUUUUAAUAGUUGAACAUGAGUGUAAUAUGGAUGCCUCUAACAGUUUUAAACAUGAAAGAUCUAUCAUCCAAAAAGUGCAGAAAAAUCUCCUCUAACUAUAAGGAAGAACAUUUUAUUCUUUUGUCUGUGUUCUCAGAGAAAGAAGCUCUGCACCUAAGUAUUUCAGCCCUCCCUCUGAAGGAAAGUAAGAGUUUGUAUGUGUUAUACCCUCCCUCUGAUUGAAUUCAGAUGACAGUUAUUUCUGCCGCAUUCUGUCAGAGCCUGAGUGUGACUGGAGCCACUGCAGAGAAGCCGGUCCCACACUGUUCUCAUCUCACCAGACGGGCGAGAAGAAAAGUGAUUAGUUAGCAGCCACAGUGGUGAAAGACGGAUGUUUGACAAAAACAAGAGAGUCUUUCUGGGGAGCAGGACUGAGCCAGAUGUAGUACUGUUCUUAAUACUCCAGAGUUUGCUGUAAAAGGGAUGAGCAGUAAAAGAGGUAAUUUAAAUGUGAGACAUCACACAUCACCACCAGUGAUAAAUCUAAUACAGGAUAGUGUUACAGCAUUGAUUUUCCACAGGCAUAGAAAAUUUGCAUUUAGAUCAAAAGCACUAAUAUUCAGUAAAGGCAUCUAUCUUGUCAACAGAAACUGCAUGACGAGUGUUUUAGUAUGACCCACUAUGAAACUGAAUGAAUGAAGUUUAUUUUGGUUAUACAUUAUGUUAUGCUGACAAAGCAUUACAAUUUGUGUGAAUCUAAAAAUACCAAAAACAAAAUACAAAACAACAUAUGAUAUAUGUCCUCUCUGAUUUCACACAAUAUCCUCCUAAAACUGCUUUAACCAUCACUUAUAUGAAAAACACCAAACAAAGUAUUUGUGUUUUUUACCUAAACAAGAGUAAAAUGGAGGUGUAAAAAUAUACAAAUCAAUAUUUCUGUAUUAACAGAUCGAUGUUAAUAUGUCGCCCAUAUGGGUAACCCCCCUGAGAGUAUCCCAGACCUCUGCUAUCUUCUUAGCUGUAAUUGCGUUGUACCAUUUUCUAGGUACCCUGCAGUGGUUAAACUUUUUGAUCCACACUCUCCACUUUGAGAUGUUACCUCAAAGAUGCUGUUUUCAGCAAACCAACUCUAAUGAACCCACGAUGCAGCCCUGUCCUGCAGCCAAAAGCAGACAAAGACAGGACCUAGCCGGUAUGCUCAGUGGCACUCUGAGCACCUCAAGAGAAGAACAGCUCUCUGAGGUGAGGACAAGAGAUAAUGACACAGAGAUUGAAUAUUGAACUGUAUUUCAGAGGGCAGCUGGAAACGCGUCUCUACAUUACAGCUUAUAUGUUUCACUUUAUCUGCUGCUGGAGAUUCAAACACUGCAGCUGUUUGCUAGAAAGUUCCCCCAACUUUUAAAGAGGAUAAUAAGUCAGCGGGAUUUUUUGAACAUACAUCAAUAUUGUUGCAACUCACUCGUCAAAAAAAAUCUAAACCUGCCUUCAGGAAGCACUCAAUUGUGCUAAGGCUAUAUAUACUGUGCGUAUGUGUCCAGAAGAUUAAUAAGUUAUUGUGAGAAGUCACUGAAAAACAAAGACUGGCUCAGGUACAGGAAAAUCAGGUUAUUGUAUCGUGUUCUGGUUGAAGCAGGAAAUGAUGCCGUGUAACGACACAAGAUAGAUUAGAUUUUUUAAGACCGCUGGCGUUAUGAAAAAUCCCCUAUAAUCACAAAUUCUGUCCACAUAGCACCCUGAAUAUGUAAGAAUCAGCUUAAUCUGACGUUUAUUGACUCUUCACAGGAUUUGUAGCAUAGCGGGAGCUUUUUCAACGCUGUACUCCAUUCAUGUUCUGUUACAUCAGAAAUCUGAAUAACCUAACACUUCAAUAAGCAUAUGUUUAGCAGCGGAUUAACUGUAUAAACUCUGAAAAAUGUAUCUCAUUUUCAGUUUCAUGAUUGGAUAUCGCUGUUCCCAUUAAUGGAAUAUUGAGUUUGAAAAAGAUAAAUGAAAAGGACCAUCUGGCCAGAGCUACUGAGAGAGCAGAUCCUGGCGCACAGGGCAAUUUCACCCACUGCAGCACUUAUUGAACACAUUGACCACACAGCUGUGUGAGUUCUCACAAACCAAUCCAAUCUCAUUUUCUUUAGUGCAGAGAUAGGAAGCUAAUUUCUUAUUCACGAUCUGAUUGAUUCUCCCUUUGCCCGUAUUGUUGCGAUUUGAUCAUGUUGGAUGUCAUCACAAACAUGUGUCAUUAUUCCAUCAGGUGUAACAGAGUAGGAUUUCUCACAGAGACGAAACAGAGAGCAGAUUUUACGCAUUAAAGUUUUAUUGAAGGGUGGACUCGUUCAGUUGGACUCUGUCUGCCCUGUCUGGAGCUGGUGGUCAAUAUAUGCAGGGUUGUGUAUUUGUUGUGAACUGCUGUUCUGUAGGUGGCCACUAGAUAUUGCUGUUGAGUCUUUGCCUAUUUCCAGUUAGGGGCAGUUUCAUUUAAGUCCCAAGUUUGCAUUAUGACAGACACUAAUGAAGCAUUUGUACCAGCGUGUGUUUACUGCCAGCUGUGUUGAAAAUGAGACAACUUCACCAAAAGUUCAACUUUAUAACCCAGGCCUGAUUAAAUACAUACUUUUUUUAAUGACAAUACUUCUUCUCAGUCAUUUUGCCCCUUUUCUGUACUCCACUGCAGCCCUCCUGCAUCAGUUUUUGUUUUAAUAUAUUAUUUAACAGCUGGUACAUAUUUGAGAGUCAAUUCCUCACUUGGUUUGUGGAUCUGAUCUGCACAAACGACAGACUCGGUUAGACACAGUGCUGUUAUGGUUUCUUCAAUGAAAAGGGGGACAUGAGUAGAAGUAGGUGAUAGAGUGAGGAAUGAAUGUUGACCUGGCAGUCCAUCCCAUGUAUCGACCUACACCACCCUCGUCCAGCCCUCUGCUCUUAUCUUUAUGUCUGUCUGUGGAUUAUUGAACCGACACUGCAGCAGCCUGAGCCGGCCACUCAGCUAAAGUCUGCUCUCCAUCCUCCAUCCCUCCCUCUCUCUCUCAGACUGACUGGGAUGUGAGCUGAUAAAGAGGACUCGGGGUGAGACUCUGGGCUCUGGUUGCAGUCAAGAGUCCAAGGUCAGCAUUUUACAUUGACUGUGCGAGACAAGGCGAGGUGAAUAACUUUAAUCUGUGGUCACUAAAACAGUGAAAGCUUUAUGGUUUCUCAGCAGAUCCGGUAUUUCCCUUUUCCUGCUUCUCCAUCUUCUAUAUAGGAACUGAACAAUGGAGCGUUAUCGUUUUAUUCCCCCCAGGAGAGGCUAAGUGGAGCUACAGUACAUACUGUAAGUGCAGGCAGUGUUUCUGAGCAAUCAGGAGUAAAGAGAGAGGCUGAAACAGCAGUUAUACUCCAAUCUGACACCGCGCUUUGUGUCCUUUUAGCACACCCACGUUGCACUGUGCACAGCGUUAAAUCAGGCUAAGACACAACGCGUUAAAGAGAGCAGGAAAGGGAUUUGAUAGUAUGUCCUAAGGAUCAGGACAGAUCUGGACAUUGUAGUUUCCAGACAGAAUUGGAUUUACUGCUUUUCACCUCUGACAGCUGACUGGUGAGUAGAAAUAUAUCAACAUGUACUUCCAAGAUGACUAUGCAACAAACUGGGAGCAUUUGAAAUGGGGCAAAAGGGGAUUUAUCUCAACUGCAAGAAGUGUUUGGCUAUUUUGAGUCAUUUAAAGCAACAAUCAGUGAGUUUCAUAUAUUUCACAUUUGAAUUUUGCAGUUUUUUUUCCCAUGCAGUUCAAAAAUUACUGAAUGCUAAUUGCAAAAUUAUAGAGAUCGCUGUAAGCAGCCGGACCCACCUCUGCUGCUUUAAAGAGGUCUUUACUUGCCUUUUCCUCCUGGGAUAUGCUAAUGAGAUGUAAAGGAAGGAGUAGAUGGAUGAGAACAAGCAGCAGAGGAUAAAGCUCAGGGGAUGAGGGUAAAAGAAGCUAGAUGUGUUACCUGUGUGUGUGUGUGCGUGUGUGUGUGCAGGUACUGCCAGAGUGAGAGUUGACUCCUUGGGCCCUUAGCUGGUGGGGACCAUGUUUCUCACCAGUCCCCCUAUCCUUUAUUCGCUUAAAGAGGGUAUUUGUAGUAAGACGUUGUCAUCAGCCUCGUCUCUUAACUGAAAUUCUCCACAUUUUGAAUAAUUUCUCUGUGACCCAGAUACGGCUUUUUGGUACAGUGUGUCUUCGGGCUGGGCGAUAUGGCCUCAAAUCAAUAUCACGAUAUAUUGAGCAAAGUCACUUCUCUGACGUAGGACAGCGUCUUAAGGGGACAUGAGACCAUAGCCUACCUACACACAUCCAAAAACAACUUUUAUUUAUUUAUUUUUUGACACUGAAUGUACUGAUAUGGGCCAAAUAACGUUGGUUAUCAGCGUAAAUUUCGGUAUCUGUAAAUUUUCGGUGUAGCCCUAGUAUGUCUUGUCAAAGCUGUUGAUUGUUGACUUUACCACAUUUAUGAGCUGAAAACUAAACAGUCAUUAUUAGUAGAUCAUCUUCAACAAAUGUGACAUUUUUAGCCCUCCAUGAAGGUCAUAAUGAUACAGGUACAUUUCUUAUAUGAUAUUAAACUAGUUAAAAUUUGACCACAUCAAUCCUUUCGAACGCUAUGAAAGUUGAUCCAAAUCAAUCAGACAUACAAAGUCCGACUACAUUUAAAUUCCCUUCUUACUUUAUUAAAUCUUUCUUUUUUCCUCUUCUCACUACUGUAAUUCCUCCUUCUCCCUCCUCAGCCCUGUCUCUCCUCUUGCUCUCUUCUUGCUCUCCCACACGACUGCAGUGGGAAUGGAGCAGAGAGGGCGUCCAGAGCGAGCUCUGCUGAGGAAUGCAUGCACUGUGAGAGAGAGAGAGCAGAGGAGAGGUGAGGGGAAAAAGAAUAGCUCGACAGGGAGGUAAUAUGUAGGAGGAGAAUAUGAUUAGGGGUUAUGGUUAAUGCUUUGUACCUGUGGUUUUACUUGGUUCUCCGGGGCCUCUUACAUGAUGUAUCGGUGAGCUUGGCCGGCUUCAGUAAUACCCGUCACAAGCCUAAUGCUCUAGGAGACAGGGGACAGUUCAGUGAUUGCAUGUAUUUCUAGCUCCACCUCAGCGGCAGGAGCGGGAAAGAGGAUGUUUUGAAUGAAUCGACGCCACGGUGCACAGCAGAGGACGUCAGCAGCAACGGCAGCAGCUCUACCAGCUGAGAGGAGUACACACACGCACACACAUACAUACACACACACACACAGGCACCGCUGAGGAGCAGAGCAGAGCAGAGCAAAGCGCAGCAAAUAUCAGAUCUGCAGUAGGCAUGUUGGGCCAACCAGGACAGUCAACCUUACAUGUCCCUUACAAGAGGCAGCCAGUCUAUCGUGCGACUCACAGGUGUGUAUCCCAGCCCUGCUCCCAGCUCAUAUGUGGGAUUGCGUUGCUACGUAGCUACUCAGGAGGUGUGUCUGUUGAAGCUUUCCAGUAACUGCAGGGGGAGAAAGUGUGAUUCUGAUUGCAUGCUGUUAAGAGUCUCAGCAAAGUAAUUGUGCGGGCAAGAUCGUUUGUGUCCAUACUGGUGUGUGUAUAUUAUCUGUGUUUGUGACAUAGAAGGCAUCUGGCUGUUUUGCAUUUACAUACCUUUUGAUUUCCUUUUGAGAGUGCAUAGAUCAAAGUGUACUAAUGGAGUAGAGUUAGAGGACAGGGAGGCAGAAAGAGAGAGAGAGGGAGAUGCUCACUGCAGUGCCUCAUGAUCACAGGUCACUGACUGCUGUGUUGAUGUCAGCAGAACUGCGAUCUCUCAGGCUGAUUAUGAAGCUCCUCUCAUAAACAUGGUUAAUGUGGAAUGCUUCCAUAGGUUAGGCUGACGUGAAGGUUUGCUGCACUUCUCAGAAAGCCACAGAUUCUCUGAGGAAUGUACUUGUUUACACGGGUUUCUGUCUCAAUCUUUAGCCCAGCUGCUACAGGGCCUGGCCCACACACAGACAGACAGACAGACCCACAGAGAUAUACUGUAAGAGGCUCAAACAUGAAAUGCCACAUCUGCUGCAUAUUACAUUUUCUGUGCAUUGGUACUGUAUGUGUGUAUCUGUGCUGUCUGUAUUACUGACUUCAGCAAAACCUCUGUGAUCUCUGCAGCCAAAGCUUCAUACUCUCAUCGGUUUGAAAAUAUUCAAUAUUUUUCUCUAAUUUAAAGGGAUAUUCCGGUGUAAAAUUAAUUUAGGGCCAAACACACUGUAACACUGAGUUAGAGACCCCCUUGAGAGAUGAAUGUUGCCGACCGCUUGCUUCUCUACUUAUACCAACUUUAGUAACGACCGCAGGAUAGCAAUACACAGUGGUCUGAGGAGCCAUAGACAAACCUAAACCAAAACACCACUCUAUAGCCACAAAUAAUGCUCAGAACAGCACCUAACUUCAUUGACAGUACAGAUAGGGUCCUAGCCAUAGUACUAGCCAUCAAAUAUCUUUUUAGCUUUGCCUGAUUUCUUUAGCAAGGAGACUAAACUCAACUCACCUACUCUCUUCCAGCAGCCGCUUGUUUGUAGCGAGACCUUGGGCCAGUUCAUUACAGACUACAGCGGGGUGACGCAGCUCAAGGAAGAACAUUUAUGAUAAUUUCUUUGUGGAAAUGCAAUCAGACAGAGACGCUAAGGCAGAAGAACUACCGCGUCUGCAAUGCAAAAUGAUUAAUAUGAUGAUUAUUACUUCAAGGAAAUGAUAAAGAAAUGAUCAUAAAUGUUCUUCCUUGAGCUGCGUCAACCUGCUGUUGUCCGUAAUGGACUGGCCCAAGGCUUCGCUACAAACAAACGGCUGCUGGAAGAGAGUAGUUGAGUUGAGUUUAGUCUCUUUGCUAAAGAAAUUAGGCAAAGUUAAAAAGAUGUUUGGUGGCUAGUGCUGUGGCUGGGACCCUAUAUGUACUGUUGAUGAAGUUAGGGGCUGUUCUGAGCAUUAUUUGUGGCAAUAGAGUGGCGUUUUGGUUGAGGUUUGUUUAUGGCUCCUCAGACUGCUGUGUAUUGCUAUCCUGCGGUUGUUACUAAAGUUGGUAUAACUAGAGAAGCAAGCGAUCGGCAACAUUCAUCUCUCGAGGGGGUGUCUAACUCGGUGUUGCGGUGUGUUUGACCCUAAAUUAAUUUUACCCCGGAAUAUCCCUUUCACUUGCCUCCUACUUUAUCUCUAGAUAUCAAGUGCAUCUUUUCUGGUGAUAUAGAGUGUUACCUAACAGUUUUCAAGAUGUUCAAUAGCUGAUCCUGUCACUUUUAAUUAGGUUGUGACAUGGAAAACAACAUGCCAUUGAUCCAAACCUCACGAAGAUCUGUGCACAAGAUAUAAAGCUUAUUAUCAUUCUGUCACGGUCUCUUAGUAAGCCACAGCGAUGAGGUUACUAUGCCUAUUUAUCAUCCUUCAUGUGCGCCCUCAUUGGUCAGCCCCCCUGCUGUGUCCUCAGCCACAGAGGCAGCGGGCUGCUGACACCAAAACCACAGUUUAUGAAUAAGUAGGAGGGCUGGCCCAGUUUGAAUCAAUGUUAUUCUCUCUCCAAGGUAAUGAGAACCGUUUUCCCAUCAUAGCCCAUUUUUAAAUCAGUGAGUCUUCGGCAGGUUUGUCCAGUCUGUGUGUUGUCUGUUUUUGGUCUCUGGCCUGGUCUUGAGGCUUGAUAACAUCUGAUGUGAUGUUCCCUAGUUCAUCCAGUCAGUUCCAGUAAUGUUGAGUCCCACUCCGCCCCAGCUCAGCCGUUCAUUUUUAUCCUCCGGCCAAAGGGUGAAAUAUAGCUAAGAGACACAGCGCUUCAUUGGUAUGCUCAGCUGGUAUAGAGGUCAUAUCUUUGUUAAGUGCAGCUUGUAAUGGCUGUACCAGUUUGGUCUGAAAAAUGACACACCUAAAAUUGGUGCAGGGAAAGGAGGAGACCUCUCCUUAACCACAGACAUUUUACAGAUUCCAAGGGGACUGGAUUUUUCUAAGAAUAGACUUGAUGAUGAUGCCUAACAGGACAGAUGUGGUCGAAAAAGAGAGUACAUUCUCUCGGUGUUAAGCCUAUGACCUUUUCAGUUCCCCAGGCUAUGAUUUAGAUCAGUCUAUGUGAGUGGGAUGGAAAUUCUGGAGGAGGGACUUUUCUAGUAAAACCCGAGCCUUACUGGCCAGUGAGAGUUUUAGAGCUGUGCGCCAGAUGUGGUCCACCUUCCUCCACUGAUGCCUGACUUAAUAAGCCCCUUAAGUCUCGACAAGCUCUCGCCACACUCUCAGGAUACAGGGAUCUAAAAAUAGCCACUUAAUUCAGUUCCUCCGCCAGCCAAGCCUCACCUAAUUCAUAUAAUCCAUCUGUUUAAUUUGUUGAUAAAAUGAAACCAAACAUGAUAGCCCGAGAGAUGGGAGUAGGUUUUAACCAAAUGUUGGUGAAUUACUGAGGGAUGUCUCAUCAGGCGGUGAAGGGAUCGGUUGUUUUAUGCAAAACCUGUAAAAGCUGCAUUGUGAUGUGAGUAUACCAUCGAAUAAAUUAACACUUAAAAGGAAACAGAUGUGAAAGAAACCUGCGGUGCUUUGAUAGAACUGUUCACAGCACACUUAGGAUGCAUAACAUCAACACUCUUGCUAUACUGCAUGAUAACAAGACUCUGCAUUUGUACCCUAGUAAAGGUGAAGAGGGCGUCAGUGUGUGGUGGUGCUGUGAUGUUGUUUAUUUCCACUCAGCACUGCAGUCAUAAAGAAGCAGUGUUGUCUUAACCCUGUGUAUCAUUGUUAUCCAGCUCCCCAGUGGGGAUGUGUUCACUCACUGUCUUUACACUGCAGUGUGUGUGACUGUUCAGGUUCUGUAAUGUGAGGUGCAUUAGAGAGAAGUCACACCAAGCUUGCAUCCAGUCAGCAGAGGAGAGAUAUCACAUGUGCACACACUAACACGCACACACAUGAAGAAUUGACUCAGUCUGCAUGUCCCGAUAGAGCUGACUCUGAGUGUAAAAGAAGAUAUCAGCCAAUCGAAAACACAAGUCGGAAAUGUCUGUGUUUUCUCCCUUUGUGCUAUCGAUACCUAACAGUAACUGAAACAAACAGUGAGGUAAGGACAGGCUCACUGCAGUUAAGUGUGCUGCACUGUACCAGCCUGGACACCCUCAGGCUUGAGGUUCUCUGCAGCAAAAUAUACAAGACUAAUCAAAUUUCUCUCAUGCAGCAGCAUCUGUUAAUCUGCUUACAUGGGAAUUUUAUUAUUAAACUCUGCACUAAACCCAAAACAUUAAUGAAAAGUAAUAAAGAGUACAAACUGUAUAUAUUUAUUAUAACUGUAGAGUAUAAACUAUUAGACUGUUAUUGACAGAAAAAAAUGGAUAAUUUCUCCCACUGGUGAUUUGCUGACAAAAGCUACCCAGUGUUGAAACAAACCUCAGCUCAUGUGUGUUUGUCUGUGCGUGUGCGGUCAGUUUUGGGUUUUUGAGGGGUGUAUUCAGGGGUAGGUGACAUAAUAAUGCCUCUGACAUGAUUGUGUAAGGGAUUAAGAUAUGUUACACAGCAUGAGGGUGCUAAUAGCAGGUUAUCACCCUCCCUGCUUUUGGUCAGAACCUCUGGCAAAUGAUCCAGAAAUGGUUUUGGAAAACAGGGAUUAACCUUGUUCAGAUCAUAAAAUCCUAAUGGACACGCUGACCUUUCACUUUUUGACCUGAUUUUUUCCACAUCAGGGUGACAGAAGAGGAAACUGUAACCUUCAGUACCUCUAGUUUGAAUCCGAUCAAGCUUAUUACUCGGACAUGUAGCUCUUACAGAUGUGUUAUCCAAAGGGCAUGUUGACAAUGUGCAAAAACACAAACAUUCAUCCAUAAUAACAGGAUAAGCUGCUCUGCCAUGUUUAUCUCUGUACUGGCCCCAGAUCAGACGUUUAUUUACACCUCAGUGUGCCAUUACGCUCAAACACUGUGUGUCUUUGUGUCAGCUGGUGCCAGCUAUCCCACCCUGCCAUCAGCUAACUGUUUGUGAACUGGUUUCAGUAAGAACUACUAUAUUCAAGAGAUACAAGAUUUUGUUUAUGUCAGCACUGCACUGAUUUUUUUUUUAUACUAGUAAAAGGUUAAAAGGACUUUUCUGCCUCAUGCUGGUUUUGUGUUAUAACAUGUCAACAGUGGCUAGUAUCUACUUUGUACUGUUGCUAGCUUGAAUGUAGCAAUUUUUUUUGUGAUUUAUUUUUUUAUGUUGCAGGAUUACGGAAAUCAGAGAUCAGAUGGAUAAUCUGAACGUGAACAUAUGCAAUUUGUGUGUGUGUGUGUGUGUAUGUGUGUGUGUGUGCACUCACUAUGGGAAUGGCAAUGCAGGAAGACAGACUGCCUAAUUUUGGCUGAUUCAUACAGUCAUGCUGCAAAUCAGUCAUAUUGUGGUGUAAAACUUCAGGGAGUGGAUAGCUCUUUAAGAGUGAUGAUAGGUAAAAUGCCUGGAGUUGGUUUAGCACAAGAUGACUGCUGCUGCAUGCAGAUUGUGUGAAGAACCUGCAGGUAGGCUGACUUUGUUUCGAUGCCUUUUUUUUGUCAUUUCAGUUUGUUAUUUAUGACAAUCUUAAAGAACAGGACUCAGUCGAGGUCUUUUCAUCCAUUAAAGGAAUUCAGACAAGAGACAAAAAUAAAUCAGAAAAGAUAACCAAUCUUUACGUUUCUUCACUGUUGUUUGCAGUUCUAUGGAGUGUUUCUUUUCUUUAUUAUGAGAUCUGAGAGUACAACAGUAACUCAUUGUGUUAUCCUUAAGGUAAAGCUGUCACCUUAAACCAGCUUCUGCUGCAGAAGACAGCACAAGCUGUCUGGCCAUAAAAUCUCCUACAGCCUCAAGAGCAGCUUAACGAGGCACUUCAUAUGCAUGCACACAUGUGUCUCAUAGGGAGAGAUGGUUGAAAUGCUACACACCAUCUCCAUUAGAAUGCAGAACUAGAGGCUGUGACAGCUCUGACAGUCUUCUUUGUACGAAUAUCAAACGGUAAAUGCUGUGAAAUGAAAGUAUAAUGAAGAACCUGUUUUUCCAGAGUUCGCUCCUGUGUUCGCUCCUUCUUGCCUCGGCACUUAUUGAAGAAAUAGUCGAGAGAUACAGUAAAUGUAUUAUCUGACUGAAUGAGCAGAAAAGUCUGCUCUGUUAUUGUUAGUGUAAAUCUAUUUUUCUACAUGUACCUGACAAAAAAUCUUGCUUCACUAUAAUUACACAUGAUGUGUGACAGUCAUAGGGUGUAGGUUGGAUCACUGCUUCCUCACCACGUCUUUCAAAAGGACAGCACAUACCAAAUAUCCACCAUCAGGUUUUUCUGAAUUGUUAAGUCUGUUGAUGUGUAUUUUGUUUAAUGGAAAUAUCUCAAUUGUUCUGGGAAAAUCUUCCAGCUUUACAGACAUAAAAUAUCUUCUAAACUUUUUUUGCAUCUUUUGUUUUAGCGGGGUUCUUACCCUUUAUACAUGUGUGUGUGUUUAAAUGCUCAGCUACUCCUGCACACAGUGCUGUUGUGUUUUUGUUGGUUAAAAUUAGACAGAAAUAUGGGGUGUGUACAGGAUGCGUGACCUGGGAGGAAUUUCGCUUUUCUGUAGCCGUUAUGCACUGCUUUGUAUUGGCUCAUAAGUUCCCCAGAUGGGAGCUGUGAGUAAGAAUAAUCAUGUUAAGCAGAGGGAGUGGAGGACCUAACGUCUCUUUAUCUUCGCCUGAUUCAUUCUCUGUUAUUGUUCAGGACCUCAAGCCCUUUAAUACUGUUAAUUUCUAUUCUGCUGACAGUGUGAUGAUCAUGAUUUUGCUAGUUAAGCCUCCUACACAUUGGUGGAGCUCCCUCAAGGAAUUCAAGGGUGAGUCAGUCGAAUUCAAAUGAACUUAAGUCUCUUUCUCGGGGAUAUUAUAAAAGAUUAAUUGGUUGCCACCUUUUCAUAGGGUGGGAUUUGUCUUCAUUGGUACACUGUUAUUAAAAAUGGAUGAGAGGCUUUUGAACAUGUUGCUGCCUGUGAAAGUUUUAUUAUAGUACUUUACAUGUACCUUGUGCUGCUAUUACUGUAGUGUUGGAUCAUUUUGGAGUUGUUUUUUUUUCCUUGAAUGUUUAGAUUAAACAGACUUUCAGUGGUUUGAAGUUUGUAGUCUCCAAGCCUUUCGGUCUAUCUCCUACCAGAGAUUUUCAGCUUUGACAUUCCCCCGCACUUCACAUCCCCUCCUGUCCUACAUCCCAAGACCAAGUGAUUAGCUGUGUUUGGUAUUGCUCUGUGUGUUGGAUUUAGUAUUACUCGCAGAAAUAUGCAACCCCCCAGCAGAUGUUCUGGUUCAGAAGUCACAGCAGAAAGAUUUCUGUCCUUGUGAAAAGAAACAAAUUUGAUGAACUUGAAAGUUAAUGUUUGUAAUGAUUGUUCUGAGUCUGUUUAAAGGACCACUUAUUCUUUAACCUUAGACAAACCACAGUAGUUUGCAAAAUUAAGAUCUGGAUAAAGAAUGGAGAUUGGCUUGGUAAGAUCAUCGCAUCUUUCUAUUUAUCCCAGUUACAGCCUAGAAAUCUUUGGUGAAGAUUCGGUCGACUAAGCCAAUAUAUCUUCUUGUCUGUCUGCCAAUCAUUUCAUGUUGCCACUAAGAUAGUAGCUGUAUCAGCAUGGGAAAAGUAAGGCAAGAAGUAUAGUAACUUUGAGUUGAGAUUAUCAUUAUUGUUACGCACAUUUGGCUACAUCAACUCAGAUUGGGGGCAGUUGCUGAUCAUUAAGAUAGCUGUGUCAGGCAGCAGUUGUUCUCCAUGCAUGUUCCUCAUCAGAUUAUAUCAGAAUGAAUUUUUCUGUCUGAUACUGAGAUUUCCCACACAUGGACUGGCUAACUUUUACCUGAAAUUAUGUGCUUAAACUCCCACCUGCUUUUCCUGCACUGACCACCAUAGCCACUAGCUUGUCUAUCAUUUAGCUUAAGAUGACAUCUGACUAUUUUGACUCCUGCUUUCAUGUGAUAAAUGGCAGUAUAUGUACGCUUAGCUAGUAGGGGUGGGAAUCACUAGUGGCCCCACGAUAGGAUAUUAUUGCGAUUUUUAACAUUUUACAAUACAGUGAGUAUUGUGAUACAAUAUAUUGAGAUUUAUACAAUUUUUUCAACUGUUUAGCUAAUUUGUCUUUCCCUUAUCUUUGUCUUAUUUACACAGUAUUUUAUUUUCAUGUUGCACAUCUUGCAAACCUUUUCUAUAUUUGUUAUACUAACUUUCUCCUGCUUUAAGAUGUCCCCUCUGCCAACCUCACUGGACAAACAGUUGAUUUUGUUUUUCCAUUAUCGUAGGUUUGACUUCAUAUUAGCAAUUAAUUUGAAAAAUAGAUUCUUGGUAAAUAAGACGAUAUGAUAUAUUACCAGACAAAAUAUCGCAAUACUAUGCUGUAUUGAUUUUUUCUCCCACCCCUUUUAGCUUGUAUGUGUCAGCUACUGAAAGUGAUUAGGUGAUUGUCAGUUUGAGCCAGUUGAGGAAACAGGGGGUGAGAGAUGUGGGAAAGGGGCUGCAGGUGGAAAUUAAACCCAGGUUGGCCGCAUACAUGAAUGUGUGCUUAGACUGCAGAGCCAGCUGCACCUCCAGUUGAAAUUUUAGAUGUAAAAUGUGCCACCUAAAACCAUAGUGGUGUUUGAAUUUUCAUUAAUCAUAAUUUAAUCUCAGGAUGAAUAAAAAGAAAGAGGAUGAGAGCUGUUUUUUUAAUCUGUUUUGGUCGGACAGUGUGUUAAGAUACCUGCCAUAAUAAAUGCAUUUCUAUGCAGCAGCAAAACUACAGAUGGAAACUUUCUCAAAUGCUCAAAGCACAAGGUUACAGCAAUAAUCUUUGCUCCGUCAGGGUAUAAAGCAGUGCUGCAGCCUAACAAAGCCAGUGUAAACAGUAACAAAAGCAGAUGUUUCUGUUAUCCUGCCGAGUGCUGACACGUCACUUUCAUUUUGCUGCCAUGUACACUGCGAUGACCUACCUACAUUUCAUCAAAAAGCUAGGCGUUGCACCCGCGGAGCAUGUGGAGGCUGUAUGUCAGAGGUCAUUUAGUAACCUCUUAUUAACCUGUGAUUCUCUGAGUUCUUCAGUUCAUCAGAGACUGGCUCAGAUCUUUGAUAAUAAAGCUUUCUCAGAGCUGUAGGCGUGUGCCAGUAUGUUGGUGUUUGCGUCAUUACAGGAAAGUGCCUUUGAACCUCCAAUAUUGAUGUGCUGAUCACAGUGAGGAAAAGACAGGUGGGGAUAAAAAGCCAACAGCUAUUCUUAAUUUCAUCAGAGUCUGCAAUAUUUAGCUUUUCUAGCAGCUUAUGGCUUUUCUUAAUGAUUAGACAUUUUAAAAUUGUCUCGUCAUUGGCUAGUUUGUCCAUUGUCCGUGUGCAGCUGCAUCUAACGGCUGCAGUUAAGAUUAACAGCUUUCCCUGCUGUGUUUUGUAUCUCAUUUGUUUUGCACUGUCAGAUAUCUGCUGCCCUUGCUGAAUGUGUGUUUUUGUCUGGGUUAGAGAUAAUUUGCUUACAAAUUCUUCGCUCUUGUAGCUUGUCAGUUCCUCAGGAAGAGAUUUGCCAAGCUAGAUCAAAUGUCAGAACUUUCAGACUACAGAGACUGCUGCAUCUGCUGCAAUGUUUAGAAUUACACAGGGUGAGUUUUUUCUUUCACUUUUAUCAGAUUAAUAUGGAAUAAAAUGAUUCCAGCAGAGAAAAGUAACCAUAAUCUCAUCCUCCUCUCUUGGAACUUGAUUUAAUCAGGUGCAGAUAUCCACUGUGCAUCAAAAGAGGGUGACAGAUGAUGCAAAAUAUUUGGUGUAAUCUAAUCAUUUGGGCCAAAGAGAGAAAGUGGUUUCACAAAGAUGCCAGAGUAAUACUAUCAAAGAGACAUGGUUUGUUCACUAUAUGGGCAGUACAUUAAAGACUCGCUCUAAUAAAAAUCAUGUUUUUCUUGUUGUUUUUCAUAUGGCAUUUUCCAUUUUAUAUCAUAAAUAGUACAUUUUAAUCAUACUAUACUAUGAUGUUUUUAUUACACCUGACCAUGAUUUUUAUCAUACUAUACUAUGACAUUUUUAUCAUACUAUCCUGACAUUUUUUUUCACACUAAAAUGUGACAUUUUUAUCAUAUUAUACUUUGCUUUCCCUUUUUACUAUACUUUUUUCCAACCAAAUUUUGACAUUUUCAUUGUAGGCCUUGCUCUUUUCAUCAUACUAUAAUGAAAUAAUACUAUGACCUUUUUUAACAAGCUUUGUUUUUAUCAUACUCUACCUAACCAGGAUUCGAACCAAGGACAUUUUUGCUGUAAUUUUAACGUACUGAACUACGAUAUUUUUCAUCAUACUUUAACAUGAUUUUCAUUAUACUAAAUUUUUUGAUAUAUAAAAUUUUUACCAUACUGUACUAUAACAUUUUUAUCAUGCUAUACUAUGACCUUUUUUUCAUACUAAAAUUUGAAAUUUAUAUCCUUGUAUUGUAUGACAUUUUGAUCAUACUAUACAAUGAUAUUUUUAAAUGAAAAUCUAAAAAUUUUUAUCAAAGCAUACUAUGACACCUUUAUCAUAGUAUACUAUGAUAUUUUUAUCAUACUAUACUAUGACGUUUAAUCAUCCUAUACUAUGAUAUUUUUAUCAUACUUUACCAUGAUUUUUAUCAUACUUUACUAUGACAUUUUAAUCAUACUAUACCAUGACAUUUUUUUCAUACUAAAAGGUGAAAUUUUUAUCUAACUAUACUAUGACAUUUCAAUCAUACUAUACUAUGACAUUUCUUUCAAACUUUACUAUGACCCUUUUCUUCUAAAUUUUAAUUGUACUUAACUUUGACAUUUUAAUCAUGCUUUACUGUGACCCUUUUUUAUAUCAUAAUUUAAUUUUGUCAAACUACACUUCAGGGGGAAUCGAACACAAGACCUUCGUGCUGUAGGCGACAGUGUUAACCAUUUCACCACUGUGCUGCCCAUGGCAGAGUAGAUCCUCAUAUCAUACCAUGGUUUUUCAACAUACUAUACAAUGAUAUUUUUAUCACACUAUUCUAUGACUUGUUUUCAUAGUAAAAUUUUAAAUUUUUAUCAUGCUAUACUUUGAUAUUUUUAUCAUACUAUGCUAUGACCUUUUUUUUUCAUACAAUACCUGACCGGGAUUUGAACCCCGGACUUCUGUUAUGUGGGGCAACAGUGCUAACCAUUACAACACUGUUAUGCCCAUGGCAGAGUAGAUACUUUCAUCAAAUUAUAUAUAUGAUUUUUUUUUUCAUGCUAUACUUUGACUUUUUAUAAUACUUAACUAUGAUCUUUUCAACAAACUAUACUAUGACAUAUUUAUUAUACUAUGCUAUGACAUUUUUAUCAUUCUACACUGAUAUUUUUAUCAAACUAUAUUGUGACAUUUUUUACUCUAAUAUGAUUUUGAUGAUACUAUGAUACUAUACUACCAUAUUUUUAUAAUACUUUAUUUUCAAACUUUACUAUGACAUUUUAUCAUACUAUACUAUGACAUUUUUAUCAUCCUAUACUAUGAUAUUUUAACAUAUUUUAACAUUAUGAUAUUUUUAUCAUACUUAACAAUGAUUUUUAUUGCUACUAUAUGUUACGUCCUGAUGGGCUAGGGGUAUUCAGGACAAACUAAAACAACAAUUUAAAACCAAGUAAGGAUGAAAAAAAAUGGAGAAUGACAGAAAAAGACAAUAACUCAAGUAUUUUAAUAAAGAAAUGUAGGACAGCAGUACCACAAGAUAAAAACAAUUUUCACAGAACUAAGGACAAUGUAAUUAUUAUCAACAAAUUUCAUAAUCACAAUUUGAAGACCACUGAUAACAUUUAAAACCAUGAAACAGCAACAACAACAAAACAAAACAAAAAAACAAUUGGAGUGGGUCUUAAAAGAUUUGUCUUUCUGUGACUCCCACAGCUGACUGCAUAGAGCUGAGGGAAAAGCAGCAGCAGACAAGCUGGGUAUGGUUAUGAAAUCUAUCAAAUACGGAAAAAUUCUAGUAAUGUCUUGGGGUGAAAAAAAAAGUGAGGCUUUACAUAAUUUUAAAUUUGAUUUAGUGUGCAAAAGUGUUUUAGGCUCUCCCUGCUCACAUCCCCCAGACCCACUUUGCACACUCCAGACUCUGACAAUUCUUGUUAGCGUUUAUGAGAAGAUGAAAUAAAAUAAAAUGCCCACUCGCUCUAGGUCAUCAUUAUUCAGUGAGUACAGCGCAGGAUAAAUCUGUGGUAUUAAAUAUUGACCCAAAGCUGCAGGGACCCUUCAUUGAUUUGUUCCCCCAAAGAAAUGCUUGCUCCAGAAAACUUCCGAACUUUUUUACUUUGUCGCAGCAUAUCCCUGUCACUAUUGAUCCCUAAGCUUUUGAAAGUCAUUUUAUUGUUAUGGUUGGAGGCGUGAGAAACCUACAAUGGCUUUGAUGAGGUUCUUCAAAUCAACCAUUAUAAAUAUUUAUCAGUCAGCUUAAUCUGUGCCAACAGAGGAAAGGAAGUGCUGAUGUGCCCACAGUCCUGUAGGUAUCUCAUCUCUCACCGGGGUCGUUUUCCCUCUGGCUGCAGGCAGUGACUGGGUUUCUUUCACUUUCCAUCAAGUUUAUAACAGUUCAACCAUGAGCAAAGUGCCUAUGUGUAUUAAUUUUCUUUUUUAAAUGUCUUUUGUGAAGCCUCAUUGAAAAGCCUUGCACUAUUGAAGAAUUCUCGUUUUCCCUGACUUUAAAAUAAUGUAUUUUUUCUUGUUUUCCCUGUGAGAUAAUCUCAACAUUGCCUCCAAAUGGGCAUCAAUCUAGAGUAGCUAACCCCUAGCUGAGUCUGUUUCUCAUUUGCAGGAUGGCAAAUCAUGGCAAACCUGAUGCAUGGCCCAUGUAUCCGGGGGAUCCAUCCAAUAGAUCAACCUGUCAGUUACUGAAUGUAAUAUGGCAUGUGUGUCCAUAAAAUGGUAUUUCUUAUCAUUGCAGCUCAGCCGGCCUUAUGCGGUUUGUUUAUUUUCCGUGUGUGUAUCUCAGUGACGAUGAAAAGGCUUGUAUUUUUCAGGCCUAGUUUGUAAACCGGAGAUAAGCCUCUAUUAUUCUUUUUCCUUGUCCUCAAAGAGUUUGAUAAUAUAAUUUCCAACUGAGCAGGCGUGAAAUGAGAUGUAACUGAUGAGCACCAUCUAUUUUUGAACAGAAUCCAGAAACAGAGCAUUUAGUAUCUGUGUAGGGGUGGGAGUGGCUCUUGCAUCCUAAUUUUUUUUACUAUUGCCCCAACACAGGCCUUUUUUUUACAUUCACCGCAGUCUAAUUAGCCGCUGCUUUGCUUUUGUUUUGGAACAGCAUGGCCUUAAGGACCAGCGUGUCUGCAAUGAAAUGUGCUGUGUCAGAGCAGUGUGUGUUUUGAAUGUUAAUAAGGUGACAGCUCUUUCAAUUUCUGCCAAAGUGUCUGUCUGACAGGGUUACAGACAUUGACAAGUCCUUGCACCUGUUUUCUACUCUCCAUAGGGCCUGUUGGAGCCUGAUCGAAACACAUUUUGCCCAGUGCUGCUUGAGUGGUUUGCCGGAUGGCUACAAGUUUCAUAAAAACACAGCUUAAACCAGGGUUUUCCUGUUUUAUUGAUACUAUUUUAGAUGACUGAACAUGCAAUCAUAGACAGGGAAAUCUCUUCUCCCGUAAGGCUGUAAAAACUGUGUCAUACUGUUCAUUCAUUCCUGGGUUACUGCGGCUGUAAACAAUGAAGAUGAUGAUUAUCAUAGAGGUGAAUGAGUGCAAUGGCAGUCACUGUGAAAUGUGUUGGUUAGAGCCUCUCAUUUGCAUAGUGAGUGACAGAGGAAUCCCAAUAACUCUCCGGGGACCCUAGCCUCGAUUAUUCCUCAAAAUGUCAGAGAAAUGAAGCUGAGCAAGAUUGCAGCAGUGCUCUGCUGUAAAACUGAUAAAAGGUCAGUCAACAUGUGCGUUCCCUGCUGCAGAAUGCUUAUCUCCUUAAUGGCUUCCCCUGUCUGGAUACUGUGUGCACAAACCACUGUCAUUAAAGCUUAAUUAAUUUUGCCUGCUAUGCGAGGGUGGAUCUGGUAGUCCAUGAAGUCAGUCUCUCUGUGUAAUGUCCAGUCACACAUUCACACUGCCUGGGUGGGGGCUGUGCACAAAGAAAUGAGCUUCAUCAUAGAGUUCAGUGCCGGUUCAUGACACAGAAUCUGAACUCUUUUGUGUUUAUAGCUGCAGCUCAUAUUUUCUUAAUUUGCUAUUUUUUUCUCCAUACUUUCUCCUCCUGUAAAAAAAACUCAUACAUGCACUAAUAGCUUGGUCAUAUUAAUAAUGUACAUGUAACAGCUAAUUGAAUUGAUCUAAUAAUGGAGUCAAAUGAUAGUCCAGAAGGGUUCUUUGGUAAUUAGUCGCACAGCAAUAAUUUGUGUUUUCACAUUAUUCACAUGAAUUUUACAUUUGAUGACAUUAAUGACAGCACACAGUGUGGUUUGGGUUCAAAUUCACAAAAUCUUUUUCAUUGAUCGGUGGAUACCCAGCAUUAUCUCAUCAUGAUUGUAGUCAGUCUAACGGCAGUUGAGCACAAGCAGUAUGGCAUGAACAUCAGCAUCUAAAUUUACUUUAGUGGGGAACAGAAAUUUUUUUUAAACUAAAUUAAAAAUUGAUCACAUAUUUCUAAUUUCAUAGCUUUGGGUUUGGCUAUGAAAUAGUUAUUGAUGUUUUAUGUUCUCUGUUGCAGUUAGUUAAUUUCACAAUUUAAAUGUAGCUAAUGCAAUAAUAUAUGUGUAAUUUGUGCAAAUCUCCAUGUAGCAUGUGCUUUCUUUUGCUGGUUUUUUAACUUAUUUAAUAUUUUUUGUAAGAUCUUACAUUGAUGUUGUGAUACUCAUUUUGAAGACUGCACCGACAGAGAGGAGAGAUCUUUUGCAGCACUGAAAAAAAUGUGCUUUUCUCUUGAUAACUGCUUACCUAUGUUCCUUUAUGUGGUGUUUACAUAUAUCAUUGAAAAUUAAAGCUCCAGUGAACAACUUCUGGCUUGUGUUGACUUGCGCACCCACUUUGUACAAAGCAGUUCUUAUUUCUUCUCAUCUCUUAUUUUGUGAAGCCUGGUGAAUUGGUCUGAAACCGUUCAUUGUACUCCAGUUAAGUAAGCCCCAGAGAUUGUACAGACCUACAAUUAAUCAGAUUAAGAAGCACGUGAUGUAACAUGGCAACAGAAAUGUAAACAGACAGUGACAGGCAGAGAAAAGAAGAGCACUCUUCUUAUCAGCGGACGCUGUAUGUGCAGUUGUUCAGUGGAUUUGCCCUUGAUGGUGGAUUUAAUGGAGCUUCCAGUUGUCCAUCUUGGUUGUUCACAAACACCCUGAAGCAGCUCUCCUAUGUUGUCAUCUUAAAUGAGGGACUGUGAUUGAGUUGUUUCAUCUUCUCCGGAUGGGAAAACAUGGAGGAUGUCAGCAGCACCAGACCUAAAAUGCAAAAAUGAGUACGAGCUGGCUGAUGGGUCUGCCAACACCAGGCUGUAUGCUGUUCUGUUUUACUUGGUCUUGUGAUUUCGUACACAACCGGCUGCAUCAUGAAUGAAAUUGUCGACAUACUUAGAGAUGCUUUAUGUGCCUUACUGGGGGAUACCUCUGGAGAGCACAUCAGAGAGCUCAGGCUGCGUGCAAAUACUGAAUUUACAGGAUAAAAACAAGAGAUACACACAAAAGGUACUGUCUACUGUACUGUUUUGGGUCUUAGUGGCCAGAUGAGUUACAAAUACUCUGACCAGCUCAGAUUACGGAUAAACAAUGGACAGGACACACAGUUGGCACUGCCCCAACUCAGUUUUUUUAACUGUUUGUGUAACACUGUUUCCAUUUAGUUUUGCAGGAUUAACAUCAACAAAGGCUGAGUUUAUCUUUCCCCAUCAUUUUGACAGACCUGUUUGUCACAUAUAGGUUGUUUACAGCAGUCAUAUCUUUUUUUUGUGUGUAAUUCAAAACUUUUAUGAACUUUUAACACUUUUGAACAACUUUAAACAGUGCAGCAUUGUGGUACACAUACUGCACAAGAAAAAAAAAGUAAAAAGUGACAUCUGUUCACAGAAAUAAAGAGAUAAAUAAAAGAGAAAGGAAAUAGUAACAAUGAUAGUAAUAAUAAUAAUGAUGAUAAAGCCUAGGACAUGCAUGGUCAUUUAAUCAUCUACAGUAAUUUCAGUUCCACAUGUUGCCAAAAAUGAUCCCAUAUCUCUGUUGUCUUCCCUCUAACGUUCAGUCUGCAGAGCAUGUGUUCAUUUGAUAUCUGUCAUAUAGUGUUAAUAAUAAAAUUUCUGCCUCACAUGAGCUUUAACAUCAUCAUUACGAUCUGGUGUAAAAUAUGAAGCACAUAAAGAACAGGCUCACAAGUCCAAGUCCAGUGGAUGUUUGAGUGUUGGUCAGAUCCAGUGUUGACAACAGGCCUACAGUACGGUGGUACCACCUGCUCCUCUGGGCCACAUUCCUGAGGAUUAGUUUAGAUUCCCUUGUAGCACACAGUUCAGAGGUCAGUGUUAUUGUUAAACCACUGUUGAAAAUGUAAACAUUGAGACCCUAAAGCGCCCUUGACGAGGCUUAAGUGAGAUUGCAGUUGCAGUAUAAAAAAGCUGCUGUAUAUGUAUCGAUCCUGGCUAAAAUGAUCAACAAAACACUGCAUUUGUCUGGAUUUUUUUAAGAGUCGAUGAUAGCGACGGAUCUGAGCUGCCUGCUUCAGAUCUGUCACUCUGCUGUGCUGUGAGGUAGUAAGUGGAUGAAGAUUAUCAUGAGGUUGCUGCACCAUCUACAGGAUAAGUCGGGGAACUUUUCAAAUGGCGGAACAUUUUCGAAGUGAAACCAAAUCUUAUUCUCCGCAUUUUAUUUCUGAAAAUAUUGGCGAAAAUCUGCAAGUUUUGGCGGAUUACAGAUUAGUCUCAAACCGGCUCAAAUUGGCCGAUUUAAUCAGCUCGCCGAUAAAACAGGCCCUAGUACGUUCAUAUGUACAUAUAUUUGCCUGUAGAGAAGAGUUUAUUACAGCUUCAUAUAAAAUAAACAAUAAUGAUAUUAUGAUGGUAAAGCUAACAGAGCUCUGGUAUCGGAAUAGUAUCAGUAUCGGCAGAUAUCUAAAUUCAGGUAUCAAGAUCGGAUCGGAUGUGGAAAAAUGUGGAUCAGUGCAUCCCUAAUUGUGGGUAACUUUGCUUGUCCGAUGUGUUUAUCUCACUGACUGAGAAAAUUAAAAAUACAAGUUUUCACCCUCUCUUACUAAAGCUGCAAUGCUGCCACCCAGAUGAGAGCAGGUUCAUACUGAGGGAAACGCAGAACAGUAAAAAAGACACUUUGGACAUCUUAUUUUUUAAGGUUUGAUCGCUGAAAGUUAUAGUCUGACCUCCUCAGCAGAGGCUACAUUUCUUUCUAUCCUUCACACACUUUAGUAGAUGACAUUUAGCUAAUUUAAUUCCAGGAAAGUGGGAGUGAGAGGUGGAAUGAAGACGGAAAAAAUGGAACGGGAGGAGGAUCUGAUAAGCAGCUGAGGUAUUCCCCUAAUGGGAGGGAGUUAGAUCUCAACCAUCCACUCAGGAAGUGUGGGGUGAAACUCUCUGACAGCACGCCUGAGCAGAAGAAGGAGAAGAUAAAGCGCUCCUCAUCUCUCAUCCCGCUGGUUCUACUUUACUCUGCUCUUUGUUGAUGCCAGCUGCUGCCGGAGACACUGCGUUUUCCACCUGCCCUGACAAUGCUGAGAGGAUUUCCAUGGCCUACAGCACCCUAAAGAUUAUAACAGCAGAUUCAAGAUGAUUCACUACUUGGCAGCAGGUGAGACUGUCACCAUAGAUGCAUCCAAGCCGAGUAGCAAACAGUUGUAGAGAGCUGUGCUGGUGGUGGUACAGUUUCAGGAGUUUUCAUCUCCAUAUGCUUGGAGGUUUCUUUCUUUUUUUUUUUUCAAAGGAGCCUCUAAAUAGACGCAGAAGUUGAAACUGUAAGCAGAUGGUGGGAUUCCUAUCUUUGAUGUGAGUCGUGGAGCAGAUUUGAGCCUCUGUGUGUUUCUACUUGAUGAGGGGGAAAGAGAGAGAGAGAGAGAGAGAGAGAGAGAGAGGUGUGUGUGUAAACCUCAGCGCUGUGCCCCUGUUAGCCUGCUGCCAAGACUUAGCUGUUGUGUUGGACAGGGAUUAGCCUGAGCCUCUUGUUUUUGUUGAAAGAAAAAAUGGGUAACGCAUGCCAGCGUUGAAGCGUGGACUUCAGUUGUUGCAAAACUGAGAGAGAGAGCUGCAGUGAUGCUGUUUUUACAAAAAAAAGCUUUGUCUGAAAAUUGCCUGUCUUCAGGUUACACACUAAAAAAAAACUCUCUUGCUGUUGUAAAGUCUCUAUUAAAAGAUAAAGUUUUCUCACAAUACUGGCAUUUUUACUUCCUCAGCCUCAGCCAGAGUCGUACUCGCUCUUGUUUGCAUUGUGGUGAUAUUUCUCUCGUACACAUACACUCUACACUGAGAAAAGCUCCUGAGAUGAGAUGCCAGUCAUUCUUUUUCCUCUUUAUCAGCCUAAUGGGAGCACAAACUCCACUUGACCUGAUGGUUUCUGCUUUUGGGGCCCUGUAAUGUGUUUGUGGUGUUAGGCAGUGCCUUGUCAGUGUGUGCCAGCGAUGAGAUGAUGCAGGUGGUUUCUUCUCUCUGUAAACCUGUCUGUUACCUACAAAGGAUUUUGUCCCUUGUCUGUUUUUAUGUUUUUACAAAUUUCUGCUUUCAGAUAAAUCCCUGACAAACAUAAAUGUUGGUUUCCAUAGAUUUAUUUACGCAAGUCUCUUUUUGACCUUGAGAUGUAGCAAGUUGUCAUUACUGUGAUGAUCAGUCAAUGCUAUAACGUUUAUAUGUAUUUGGCCAGUUAUUGAUCAGACUUCAGAGUAAGAAUCAUCCAGGGAAAUAUCAAAUACUCCCAAAUCAAUCUGUCGUCCAUCAUCUUUCAAAGCAGACAACAACUUUAAACUGUAGGGGGGUUUGUAAGUUGACGAUAUUAUGACAAUCAAUGGUUUGUGUAAAGUCUGUACACACACAGACUCUUGUUUGUUACAUUAGAUACCAGAACCACCUCUGACUCGCACCACCGAGAGUCUGUUUCUGUGCAAAGUGUGCCACAGCUCCUCUGCAGCAGGAGUUCAUUUUUUUCCCCCCUUUUGGGACAGCGUUGUUGUCACAGGCGUUGAUGAAAGCUAGUUCUGUGCAAAUAAAUGGACCCUCUGUGCUGCAGAGUUUUUACACAAACUGGGGAUGCUGCAGAAAUUCCAUGACAAAUAGUUCAGAAGUAAUGCGGCUGAAACAAAAGCCUCAAAGAAUGCAGAUUCCUAAUUAACAGGGGAUGCUGGUGCAGCGCUGUGCGUGCCCCGUGCAGCUCAGGAAAUUAUGAGCUGUUACCAGGAACAUGACUGGCAAAGCCUGUAUGCCCUUUGUGAGUGUAUGUGUGUAUAUACGUGUGUGUAUGUGUUGGAUGUAUGAGUGAUGAUUUUUUUUCUUUUUUACGGGAGUGUAUGUGUUGGUUUUAUGGAUUGUUUAUAUUUUUUUUUAUGUGUGUGCCGAAUCACUGAGCAUCAUUCCUUUUCAACACACCCUCUGAACUUUUUCUGAAAUGUCAACUCAUAAAUCUUUGCACCUUGCUCACUUUCUCUCCCCUCUCUUUGCUGCAUGGUGAUGCAGUGAGGUUGUACUUUCUGUUUGUUUCCUCCUGCAGCUUUUUUUAAGCUCUGAAGUUUUUUUCACAGGGUUCAUUCCCAACGGCUGGAUAUAUAACCAUUUAUUUACCUUUGAUGCACUUUGGAUGGGAUACUGUAAACAUGUUUACUUCAGCAGUUUUCCCUUCUGUAGCUGUGUUUAUGUUUACGGAAAGUGAAGUUUCUGUAUCUCAAUAUUUACUCCAGGAUUUUACUGUAAGGUUGUGAAAAGUAUUUUUUGACCAGUAUUGUGAGGAAUGUGAGUAUUUGUCUUCACUGGUUUGUGUACAGUGAGGAUGGAAGAUGAUAACAAUGUCACAGAGAAUAGAAAAUAUCCAUAAAAACUGUAUGUAGGGCGGGGCGAUAUGACCUCAAAUCAAUAUCACGAUAUAUUGAUCAGUUCACCUCGAUAACGAUAAAUGGACGAUAACUACUCCACAAACUGCCCACCCCCUCCAACAUUAACUUUGUCUACUUCAGCCGCUACAACUUUUGAACCGCCCUCCAUCUCCUCACCUGUCUUUCCCUCCUUGAUACGCUCUGGAUGGGGUGGAGUCACGUCUCUGACGUAGGACAGUGUCUUAAACGGACAUGAAACCAUAGCCUACCUACAAACAUCAAAAAGCAACAUUUUUAUUUUGUUUUAUUUUUUUAUUUCACCGAAUAUACCGAUAUGGGCAAAAUGACGUUACUGUCGUAAAUUUGUGUAAAUUUUGGUUUAUCGCCCAGCCCAAGCUGUAUGUGAUGUAAUGAUGUUGUAAUUCAGUGCAUAGUCCUACUAAGUUCUUCCACGAUUGUGACUAACCGGUACUGGAUACUCCUUAAAGGUCCUCUGCUUUAGUGGGUUUUCCUCACGUUAUGAGAGGAACUUAAUUCGGCCAAAAGCUAAAUACAAUAAAUGUUAGAAGCUUAACUUUGACCUUGAGUUGAGAAAAAAACACAACAGUGACCAAAACUUGAUUAAAUCUCUUUUAUGGAUGAGAAGGAAAAUAAUUUUUCAUUAAUCCAAAAGAAAACCAACCUGACUGUGCUUCAAAGUGUCAAAUUAUUUUCUGGGAUUAGUCAUUGUGAGAGUUGGGUUUCAUUUUGUCUUCAUUAUAAAAAGAUUUUGAUUUUUGAUUUUAUCGUUGUGUGAACCUGCUCGACAGACAGAACUCCUAGUUUAGACACGGUCACAGCACAAUUAUAAAUCUUCUCACACCGGCACCUCCUGCCACUUAUCUGCUCCUUAUUCUCUCCUGUGGCAGUAACAUACGUUCAUGCUCUAGUUAAAGCAAUGAAUGGCCCCAUGUAACUGAAAUCAAUAAAGCCUGGUGAGCUGGCUAAAGGAGAUUGCUGAGCCUUACACUUUGAGUAAGAGAAUAUGAGCUGUGGUUCCUGACCUGGCGGCAGAGCUAACAUAUAUCUUUACAGAUGACUGAGGUGUUCAUUGUAAGCUAAUCUCUUUGUUAACACACCGCUGUAGGAGGAUGAGAGCGCACAGGGACUUGAUUCAUGACUACAUUCUGAUCUAUGGUCUCUCUGUCCUCCAUGUUUUGCAUCCCUCUCCUUCCCCUGCAGCCACAACCUGAGAUCUACAUCGUUCCGGCACCCUGUCACCGGGCAGAUUUCCCCUGAAAACACAGAAUACACCUUACAGGACAGGUGAGUGUUUCUUUCUCUCCUUACAAAUAGCGUACAUGCUUAAAUGUACAGGCGGGCUACUUCAAGGGCAUGCUUUGGUCGUCCAAAAUAGACUGGUAAAUAGCUUGACUUCCUCACUGAUGAAGCAUAUCAUUGGUGGGGGGAGGAUAGGUGGUUAUUAUUCUUCAAAUUACUGCCUUAAUGGGAUUUAUGGUAAUAGAUUAGCCAGCACUUACAUUUGUUUUUGAUCUUGUUAAUAAAACAAUUGGGCCACGAAUCUGUAGUCGUCAGUCAACCAAGUUAUGGUCCUGUAAGCUUUAUUUUCCUGGUUCAUCAAAGUGAAGUUGGAGUGUUAAUAUUGGAUCACAGAUUUUUUUUCUUAUAACUCAGUUAGGGCUGCACUAUUAGUGGAUUUUAAUCAUAAUCAGAUUAUUUGAUUAUGACGGUGUUUCAUGUCUCGUGCCUCCAGACCACCGUAGGCUCCCCCUUCAAACCAGUGUAAACAAACAUGGUGUUUGCAAAAAGAGGCGAUAAUUUCAUGGCUAAAUAGGGUAAGUGUAAGUCAGUCGUGUGGAAGUGGUGCAGCUUCACAGUUUUGGAUGAAGAGCAAACCACUCCCAGCUGCAAAGACUGUCUGAAGGCGGGAUCAACCCGUCCACACGGAAAUGAAUUUAGGAGUAAAUAAAAAAGGUUUUUUGACGUAUUGGUGUUUCAUUCGCGCAGAAAUGGCAUUUCGGGUGACUGUCAAUGGUACUUGUUGAAAAUGGGUCAGAAAGUGCAUAAAUCCUUUAACGACUACGUUAUUAUCUCUGUGUGGAUGUCUAUCUGCAUCUCUCUGGAAACGAUUAUGUGACGCACAGCGUAACUCUUUUAUUGCGCCUGCGUUUGUCCGGUCAAAACAACCUUGAUAUGCAUGCUCUGUACUCUUCUUCUGUCUUUUGUGCAUUUCCUCACCAGCGUUACAGCGCCACUUAAUGGCUUGGAAUAUGCACGACAUAGUUUUCAGUGGUUUUGUUUUGAGAGAUGAUAGAAAAACUUCUUAUUAGAGUGAAGUUUGGAGAAGUUGUCUCUGAAUAAAAACUUGAAAUCGAAAAUCGAGUUUUAGAGAUAAAAAUCGGGUUUUAUUUUUGGCCAAAAUCGUGCAGCCCUAAACCGAGUCAGUUAUAUCGUUCCUCUCAAAUCUGUCUGUGGAUGAUGGUUUUCUGCUGAUUAAAUGACACUUUUCUAACAUGAACAAACAUCAACAUUUUCAUCAGUUUGUCAACUGAAAUUGCACCAGAUCGCUGCAUCACUUCACAUUGUUAUUGGUCACACUACUCAUUGCGAUGGUUUGCAGUUUUUGGUAUGUUGUUGUUGUAUUUCUCAUCCUGCAGCUGAAUCUCAUCCAGCGGAGCCAUCAAAGCUGAAUGACAGGUUUAGGGCUCAGUAUAUGGCAGCAGGUGUUUGAUCAUAUAUAAGCUGUCUGGUGUAAGAUGAUCAUGUGCAGCUUAUAGUCCACUAUAGGCUGAAGUAGGCUGGAAGACAGGCAUGUGACCACCACAUUCUCACCAAUUAAAAGACACUCUGUUAAAGCAAUGCAAACUAAAUGGGAUUUAUCCAUGUCUUUCACUGUCACUAACAUGCCGAAUCUUUGCCUUAUCCUUUUUUAAGUUCUCUUGAGCUGUGGAUCUCAGGGCUUUAAAGAUACAGCUGUCUUUCCUCUGUAUUUUUAACAGUGAUAGAAUUUUUCUCCUACUCUGAAAUGCCAGUUGCAGUCAUUUGAAGGUACGGUAAGAAUAGCCUCGUAUUUUUGCCCUUUAACAACCAUGACCAAAAUAACCCAAACCAGGCAGAGCAUGGUUUCAAUACAAGCAUAGAAGAGCAUGCAAAAUCAAAAUGUGCAAACAUAAUUUUAGACUGCAUGUCCCAGAAUCUGUUCAAAGCGAUAAGGCUGCAGCCCUCAUCUCGGUUUUUUUGGCAUUCACUCUGGGAGACAAGUUCAUCAAACAGAGGAAAGGCGUUCAAGCAAAAUGUGGAUACAAGUGCAGGAUGGGCACCGGCUGCAGCUUUGCUCCGUGUUUUUGAAAUAGAAAAUCAAAGGUGGUGAGCAUACUCUAGAAAUUAGGGCUGUGGAUGUAAUAUUUAAUCUUUGGAACUAGUGAAUAAUCUAUCAAGUAUCAACUUUCAUCUCCAGAAACAUUUAUCACACGACCUCAAGAUGUAAUAAAUACGUUUCAACUCGUGUUUUCUUGAGGUUUUCAGCGAUCAUGUUUGUGAAUUGCUUGAGCUAAGCCCCAAACUAAAGCUAUAUGAAGUUAUUUGGAAAAGCAGAGCAGCUCAAGUGCAGAUGUAGGUCAUUUAAGUGGCAUCAUAGCUGUAAAGUGAAUUUAUUCGACUUGGAUCUAAAGCAGAGCAGUCUUUGUUGUUGUAAACAUCCACAGUUUGCCUCAUUUAAAUGAUUCUCCAUUUCUUUUGUUUCAUUUUGUGGUUUUGUUCAUUCCCCCUCAAGCCUUCAUUUCAUAGCGCUCCUGUCGAGUUAAAUGGAGAGUGUAAAUACUGCAGUCCUGGUAUUGGGUGUGUGUGCGACACAAGCAUGACCCCACUGUUCCUGCAAAAUGUUGCUCCUGUUAACUCUCUCAGUGCUGCUGUCGGAUUCAUCCUGCAUAUAAUGAUAACUUUAAGGAAAGUUGGUUAGCACCGUGAACCACGAGCUCUCUUCCGACUAAGAAGAGCCUCAAUGUGUUCCCCUGAGACCCGUAUCGAAUCAGGGACUGAGCAGGAAAAAGAGCUUCAGGAAGCCCUUCCCCGUGGAGAGGUCGAUCAGCCUGUGCUUUGCCGGCCUGAAGGCUUUGACUUUUUUAUGGAUUACCACACUGUGAUCAAUUCGUCAACUCUCCUCAUGUACACCCACAGCCUGACAGGAUUAAAAAAUGUCAAGUGUGCCCUCAUUUCCAUCAUAGCAAGAGAAGCAGGGAGAGAUGGAGCUUAGUGUAUUUCCCCUUUCUGCACUUCGUAAUGUGAAAUAUCGCUCCUCUCCACCACAUGCCACAACAAAUCUCCGGGGGAACUCUUCCAAUGACAGAGGUGGUAAACAGUAUGAAAGCUUCACAUAAAACAGCAGAGUACCCUUGAUACAACAGAAACAUCCUGUUAAGAAGCUUGGCUGCAGUCCAGGCCGUGAGUGCAGAUGCUGUAAGUUUUGUUCUCAUUCGCCUCCUUGUUCUACCAGUAUCACUUUUUUUCCCCUCAGCUUUAGUCUCUGACACACAUCUCCGGCUUAUCUCUUUCAGCUCUGAUUUAGUGCAGGAGAGAACAACAGGGUUACAGCAGCUUUUAACCCUUUUGUGGCACAAUGCAGGGGGCCUGUGGCAGUCAACAAGAGUUACUUCAGCUGCGUGUCGAUUAUAGUUGCAGAUUAUGUUGAGAAUGGUUUUCCAGAAUAUUGUUUUUGGAUUUUUUGAAAUUUCCUCAGAAGUGAUAUGUGAAUCUGAACAAGCGAUCAUUCAGAUUAGUUGAACCAUAGUGGAGUAUUUAGCCUUUUGCCUACAGGACACUUACACUCAGUUCCCUGGUAGCAAGAGUUUUACUGAACCAAAAAAUGAUAUUUUUGUUCAACAACAUAUUUCAUAUCUCAUUUGUGAUUGUUUUUCCUUGCACCAAGAGAAACAUAUACCGCUCAGACAAAUCAACCAUGACAAAACAAGGAUGCUUGGUAAGGAAAUCCCAGAUAAGCUUCCUAGAAAGGGCCCAGACAUGAUAGCACAGAGAACAACUAUAACAUCAUAAAAAAGAAUAAAACACAACAAAUGAGAUAAUAAAGAGCACAUUAGUCCCCAAACACUACAUUAAUCAGACAUUAAUCAAAUGUAACAUCACAAAAAUCCUCCACAUCAAGAUUUUUUGUGAGAUCGGGAGCUUAAAGCAUGAUAAUCAGUCCACAGGACAACAAAUAAUUACACAACUGCCAUCAGUAUACCAGCAUCUGCAAAAUUGAAAUGCAAAAGUUUUCUCCAGAAUACAAAGCAAAGACAGAGUUAAGUACUUUAUCUAAUAAGAACAACUGCAUCUUUUAGUUUUUCUUGAAGGCAGGAUCUCUAAGCGACAAGUUCAUCAGCAUCUAAAGGUUAUUCCUCUCUUCACAGGUAUAUUGCAGAAACAAGAAUAAGCUACACUGUGAAUGUGAAAUAUCAAAACAUGGAUACAUAUAAUUUAAUGCAAAGCCUUAUUUCAUCUAUGCAGUACAGAUGUUCAGGGUAAUUUGAAGAUCCUCCAAAAUGAUUUUCCUAAUUUUCAAUAUCCUUACAAGCCAAAAGUCAUUGGCCAAAGGUGAUUCAAGGGUGGUGACAAGAUGUCUGCAACAGCAAAGCAGCUUUAAAAUGGAGGGAAACAGAUCUGCCACGAUUUGUGAAAAAUACUGCUCAUUAUGACUUUGUUAGCAGAAACUUUGAUGUCCCUUCUGUUCACAGUUUCCCAGUUUUUAAUGAUGCACCUCCACAUAAAAGAUCACUCCUUUAAAAAUCCAUUUCCAAAUCUUUCUUUCUAGUGUAUUGUUUCCCAUGGCUACUGCCAUAUCCUUAACCUCCUGCAAAAGCUUGACCUUGUCUAUUUAAUUAGCUUUAAACUCGUUAUAAGUGAAGCACAAUGUUUGGUCCCGCUGAGAAAUGUGGUUGUGAAAUCUUGGCUUUGCUGUCAAAUUGUUUUAGAUUUCAGAUGAAGAUUCUCUUCCCCAGUUUAACUCAGACGUCUGUUGGGGAUUGCAUGAUGCAACACUUUGAAAAGGCAUGUUGUAACUGAUGCAAAACAUUUUAUUCUUUUAUCUUUUCUUGUGACGGUAUUGUAUUAAUAUUUUAUUAUUACUUGCUUUAUUUUUUUAAGUCUUUCAGUAUCUUAGUUGCUGCUAACUUAAGUACACCCCACUUCCCAAGUGAUGUUAUUUUUCUACAUCUAAAGAAUUGAUUCCCAUUAAUCUAAACUUAAUUCUUUCUACUUUUGAAGAUAGAUCAUAAAUGCCGGUGUUUGAGUCGUUGGAAUCAUCUUGCUGAGUUUGUAUGUAUGAAAUGCAGUACUAGUAAUUGAUCCAGUGUUCUUCAGUCUCUGUCAGAUUUUGUUUGCAUAGUUUCUAUCUGCACCUCUCGAAUAUCUAAAUUAUGUCAACACAUUUAAGAAAGAGAAGCUUCAUAACAGAAAGUUAUAAAAAGCAGCUAAAUAUUUUCAGUGAGUUGAAUUAGACACAGCAGGACACUGAAGCACUUCAGCUAUCAGGGAGCACAGGUGAUCAAUUAUCCUCUAAAUAUAACACAAGGUAGAGCUGCAUUUACAGAGCAGCUCUGCAGCUUUCCAGCUGGGAUGUUUGUGACUCUUGAAUGAUUCAAGGUUACCCUUUUGACAUUUUAUUUAUUCUCAGACCUGUCAUUUAAAGACCCACUCCGAUGAAAAUCAUUUUUCAUAUGACAUUUUUCUGACACUACAGGGCAUAUCAUGAGAAAAAUAACGGCGAAAUUUUAUUUCAGAGUAUUUCUGAAUUCAAAUCGCUGUGAAUCUCUUACAGACCCAAAUGGCAGGUUCAGACACAGUGAGAUUUCCUGUGUCAGAACUGUAAGCUCCGCCCCCCGGAGCCCCUCUAUGCAGGCCAGACUUGGAGAAGUAGAGAGGAGGAUCGCGGAACAAGUGUGUGCGUUAACAGAUUGCAAUGCUCAUAAGAAAGCUAAUAAAGAUAUUAACUUUCAUCACGUCCCCAAAGACCUCAGUGUUAGAGAGCUGAAUAGCUCCUAUGUUGCCUGCCACUUCUACUACAAUGUUAGGCUACAAGUUGGUGUAAAGAGGAGUGUGUAGAGCAGCGCUGUCUCCGCCCACGACUCAGAGGCGAAUUUCUAAUGAGCUACUAGAGCUCUGCAGAAGAAAUGCCCUCGAAAAUGACACAGGUAACGUGAUUUUGGCUACACUUUUAAGUAGUAAAUUUUCUGGGGACAGUCCCCGAGUUGGAUGACCUGUCCCCGGCCAAAACUGUCCCCGAAAAUGUCCCAGAUUUAAGCGUCUCAUGAAUGAGAACAAAAAUGUUGCGUGUGGGCUCGAACAACAGUUAUUACAGUAGCCAAAUGGGUAGGAAGCACAAGUAAGCAGUCCUGAACAACAGUUUUUACGGGGUACGGGGGUUAUUACAAGGGGCGUGCGCUACUACUAAAUAGUACCAAGAUGUUGUCUGUGAUGACACAGCCCCCCCCCAGAAAUCUGGUCUCCUUACUAUUAGUGGCUGUAGCUAAAUAGUUGUAAAGUUUUAGGCUGUGAUUUGUUGAGGCUCAAAGAGUUUUGCAUAAAUCUAUAAAUUAAGCUAAUCUGCACUUGAAGAAAAUCUGUUUAUGUAGGACCAGCUUUACAUUAAAACUUCAAAGGCCUUGCUGUAUCUGCUGUGUGCUCAUUUUUCUGGAUGCUUAGCAAUAUGCUGAUGUCAGGAGGAGUGUAGAUUGGGACUUUUACUUUGCAUAAAGAAGCGCCGGUAUGUGUGUGCGUGUUGUACUCCUCCAUAUGGCUGGAACACAUGGCUUAGGCUGUUUUAUGUUUGUUUUGGCUGGUUAUCUGCGUGUGUAUGAGAUGUGUGCCUUGGGGUGUGUCAGACAAAGUGUCAGAGAAGUGACGCACAAGUGUUAGAAACACAAAGCUUGUACUGUUAACAUAUCCACCGCAGAGCCAUUAGCUGCGACAGGUCGUGUGGCGGUGUCAGGAAAUAGUCACAUCCUUUAUAAGUGAAAGCUCAGCACAGGGCAGCGUUCUUUUUUCCAGUGUGUCUGUAGUUUGUCAGAUGAGACAAAGACUAUCAGUAUUUGAUGCUUCUUCUCAUCCUGCCCGUGUCACUCAUGCUUUCUUUACUGUAGGUUACAAGCCCGUAUGUCCAAGUCAGCGGCCAAUCAGAGAUCUCCCAGCAUGGUCACAGACUCCUCUAAGGCCGUGACCCCAGCAGCAGUGGAAGGAAUAUCAGGGUCGAAGGUAAGCCUUUUGUAAGAUGAUUUUUUUCACGUGUUUUACAGUUUUACAUUAAACGCUGAUAUCAAAGGAUGUUUAUAGACUUGGUAGUGAUUUGGUAGUAGAGCUCUCAUAUUGACAGUGGACGCUUAUGUUGAUAAAUUGGUUUAAUCAACUCCUGAAGACACUAUCUCGUUCUGAGUAAUGACCUCCCCCUGCACAAUUUAGGACCAUUUUCUAGUGUACUUAAACGUAUGCUGAAAAUGUACAUCCUGUGGGAAUGGACUGGGGUGCGGUGUGCAGUGUGUGUCUUUGUGAUAGACUAGCUGUCGUUUGCGCAGUGAUGAUGGAACAUUUUGCUCCAACUUUGUUUGGGAGGAAAAAAAGGAGAGAGGAUAUGAACAGAGAAUCAUGAAUUUCUAUCAAACACACCUGAUGAAAGCCUUGUAAAGAUUUUUGAUUUUUUCCGCAAGGUCUCCUUUAAAGAUGCCAAAGUAGCUGAUUGGAAUAAUAACAGUAUAACACCUCAAUAUAAGGAGCUAUUGCUCAACAAUAACACAUUUCUGAGAUCUGAAUAUUAGUGGUACUUAAAUAAUUGCUUUAAGAACACGCUUAAUUCUCUGUUUCUCUAAACAUAAUUAUUCCUAGUCUCCUAUGCUUCCCUGCUACAGAUAUACCAAAGGUAUGCACAGUGCUCUACUUUAUUGAUUGCUGUAUGUUACCUUGGGUAAACCAGAUAAAUUGGUUCACAGGCCUUCAGCAAAGCAAGCACAAACUGAACUCUUUUGCUCUUCUUGUACUUUUUUUGCAGGGCUCCAGAGGUCCGGGGAAAGUACACAGUUUUGGCAAGAGGGAUCAUUCCAUUAAAAGAAACCUCAACAUCCCCGUGGUGGUGAGAGGCUGGCUUUACAAACAGGUGAGUAAGGGGUCCUCUGCUCUUAUUGUGCUCAUAAGGGGCAGCCUGUUGUCACUUUGUCAGAGGGUUCGCAGUCUGAUCCCAUCUCCUGCCAUCACAUAGGGGAGACCGGGGCUUGUUGUCACAUGGGUAAGUUGUCACAUUGCAAUUAUCUCUGCCACCAGAGGGCGCAACAAAAAUGUGGAAUACUAGUUUUCUUCCAUUACGUGGUCAGGGGUCGUGUCCUGUCUGAGAAGAGAAGAAAACAUUGUUAGCUAAGAUAAGCGCCAAUUAAGCAUUUUGCACAACCCAAAAUAAAAAUAAUAAACUUUAUAUAUUUUAAAAUAAGCUUCUUCCAGAUAACAAUCCUAGCAGUGAUACAUGUGGACUUGUUUAAGGAGAGAUUACGGCAUUCUGUCAUACUUCAGUCAUUGUUCUGUUUUAAGCUAACUUUAAACUAGAGCUAGAAUUAGCAAACAUGGCAACAUGUCUCAGUCGUUUUUGGGUUAGUUGUCACAUGUUUUGGACUAAAAUUUACAUAGAGCAUCUGCUUAUCAGCAGUUGUCACAUUGAAAUUUUGACUUUAUUUUUACAGAAAAAAGAGUGGUUUAAAGGAGAAGAGAAAGUGAGAAGAUAUGGUCAGGAAUUUCAAAACAAAAACAGAGCCAGGAAGUGCAGUACCUGACGUGACACUGAGGGCAGUCAGGCAGGUGACCCGAGCUAAUGAAUCAAUCUGGAGGACAAUUAAGGACUUUAAUGUCAACUACCAUACCUUCGCUCGGUACUGCAAAACAUUCACCCCAGCCGAACUACAGAGUCAGACAACAUCCAAACUCAGGUGCAUGUUGCAUAAUGUUUUGUCAAUGUCAAUGUCAAUGUCACGUUUAUUUAUAUAGCACAUUUAUAGGACAGGCCAGACAAAGUGCUUUACAGGAGAAAAACAUAAAAUAAUAAAAGCUACAAGUAACGUUUGUUCUACAACUUUUUCUAGCUCAAUGAUAAACAUUUCCUGUGCCUGACUGAUGUUCACAUUCAAGUAAAAAAAUGAGAAUAGUUUUGUCCUUGUUUUAUUAGCUGCAAAAUCCACUGUGACAUCUUACCCCAUGGUGGGGCAACAUGUCACAUGUUAACACUCUCUAUUUGAGCGCUUCCAACUCUGCACUGACACAAGAUAUGAAAAUGACAUGAAUACAAAAUAUAUACCUGAGACUUUGGUGUUUCAUCUGGUACACAUAUAAUGUUUUGAUUCCAAGAAAUAUAUGAGAGUAAAAAGUGUGACAACAAGCCCCGGUCUCCCCUACUGAAGUGUCCUGAGGUUAUGUACAGAGCCCAAAAUAGGUGAAUGGAUGUGAAUUGAAUUUGUUUGAUGGUAGCCCACUGUAGAUGUCAAAAUAGUGUAACAUGCUUUAAGUGGUCAUUCAGAUUGUUAAACCAUUAUAUGAGUACUUUUAGUACUUUUUAUUUUGGUCAGUACAUGCUAUGAUAUCAUUUAUUGCAAAACGUGUUUCUGUAGUUACAUAGCCGGUGAUAAUUGUCUCUGCAGAAGUGAGAUUACAGUUGAGGAACAACAGGUGUAAAUACUUAAACUGCCCUUCUAAUCCCCUCUAAUCUGGAUUUGAGAGUCUCAUGAGAGCACAUAAGAAGCACAGGUAAGUGAUUAAGGGAGACAAAAAGCAGCGAUGGAGUAAAAUGUGAAGGUUGCAGCUUUGUGCCAAACCUUGCAAAGAAAAAAAAUCUUUUAUGAAAUUUAAUUAAUUUUUAAUUGGUUUGCACAAAAGUCUCCCACCCCACCCUCAGCUCUGCAUCAAUCAAAGUUAAUCAGAUUGUGAAUUCAAACAUGUCUCUAUGAGAAGGAAUUUCAAAUACACGCUGUUGUGUUUCCCCCCCUCACCUCCAGGACAGCUCUGGUAUGCGGCUGUGGAAAAGGAAGUGGUUUGUUUUAUCAGACUACUGCUUGUUUUACUACAAAGGUGAGUCUGCAGAAAGUGCUUUGGUCAUGCUUCCACUGUCAAACUUUAACUUCUCAAUCGUUGUGUCAGAUAUUUAAACCUUUGAUGACCUCCUUUAAGGGUAGAUAAAUUUCUUAAUCAGCUACAGCUUAUAAUCAAAUGUAUGACAUAUUCUGCUGUUCCUUCCUCCCACUUCUUCCACUUUAUUAACUCAAGUGUUGUAUUAUGGGAUAUAAUCUGUGCUUGUGUAGCCAGAACAUCUACCUCGUCUCCAUCAAUCACACUGAAUAAUAGAUAAGCCACAUGCCACCUCUUGCCACACGCUGCUCCAUGUCCUCGUCAGGACAAGAGGCACCCAUGAAUUAUGCCAGAGUAAUGUUCCUGCUGCUCAUGACUCUGCGGCCUCGUAAACAUAAUAAAAAACUAUUGGCAGGAUUAGUGUUUGUUGUUUUGAACUCCAGAGAUGAAUUACUCCGUGUGUUGUGUGUUGUUGCUUCACAGACAGCCGAGAGGAGACAGUGCUGGGAAGUAUCCCUCUGCCGAGUUAUGUCAUCGCACCAGUCGAGCCUGACGACCACAUAAACCGCAAAUACGCCUUUAAGGUAACAAUGAAAUGGUGCUGAAUCAGAUCUGAAAAUGAUGCUAUCCUGUCUGUGAAGCUAGUAUAACAUGCUCAUAUCAUGACCUCAAGAUUUUCCUUCUUUAAAAAUGAUCUUUCCCACAUUUCUGUUACUAUUAUCUGUGUUAAUACUGCCAAUAAUGAACUAUAGGGGCUGGAUAUUGAAUAACAACAUGAUUACCAGGGUAGGGAGAUAAAAUCAAUAUAGCAUAGUAUUGCAAUAUCUUGUCUGGUGAUAUAUCCUAUCGUGUAUCAAUUUUUCAAAUUAAUUGCUGAUAUGAAGUCAAAUCUAUGAAAAUGGAAAAUAAACCGGAGAAAGUUGGUACAACAAAUAUAUAAAAUGUUUGCAAGAUGUGUUACAUGAAAAUAAAAUACAGUUUAAAUAAGACAAACUUAGAGAGAGCCAAAUGCUAAAUUAUCUAAACAGAUUAAAAAAUUGUCUAAAUUGUAAUAUAUUGUAUCGCAAUACUUACUGUAUUGCAAAAUGUUAAGAAUUGCUAUUAUAUCGUAUCGUGGCCCACUAUCGUGGUAAUAUUGUAUCGUGGGGCCAUCAGUGAUUCCCAUCCUUAAUGAUUACUAUCCAGAACAUGUACACAACAUCGUUCAGAGUUGUUACCAGGUUAGAGAUUUAGUUUUUUCUUCACUUAAAUCUGAUUUUAGAGCAGAACUGGGCAUUUGGCCGAGGGCCACCUCCGGCCCUUUGGAUGUCAAAGGGCCUGCCCGGCCCUUCGAGGUCAAUCAAAUCAUCAACGUGAUAUAAAAGUGUGUCGCUUUUAUUUUGAAAACCUAGCUGUUGUUUUAUUUCUGUUGGGAUGCAUGUGUGUACAUCCUAGAUCUGCAUUCGUGAACAGAGACAAGUUUAAACAUCUGCAAAAUAUACGUGGCUGCCUCAUAGUUGCAAAGUCCGCUUAUUAUUAAAGACUUUAGGCUUGCCCACCCCUGUUUUAGAAUAGUGUUUGAAAUCGCCUUCGAGAUAAUCAGAUAACAGUAUAAAACUCUGAUGUGCUGCUUAUGAAUGAGAAGUUUGCUUUUACAAAUCAAAGUAAUAAGUCUUUGUAAAAUUAACUGUCAAAGUAAUGUAAACAUAAAAACAAACUUAUUUUGUACUGUGACUCAGAAAUUCCUUCACAUUCAUGCAGACAUUUUGCUCGACCCAGCCAUUGCUCUGUAUAUAAAUGAAAAUUCUAAACUGGUUGUGGACCUUUUCAUACACAAAUCCAGUGGAUAGCUGCAGUACAUCACUGUAUGCAUCCAGGUUGGAGAUAACUGUGUGUAAGCGCAUACGCUCAUGUUUUCACAGCAUUUCAGGGGCCCAGUGUGUUAAAGGGGCUGCAGUAUAGAGUACUGAGUGCAGGAGGUGCCUUCUUUCACUGACACCUGAAUGGCACAUCACUUUUUUCUCGCACUGACCCUCAGAGAACCAGCCGGCAUGUGAUAAUGGUGCCAUUUUUAUCUGAAUGUGUGCAACACAACUUUCCCCCGCAUGCAGCACCGUCUUUUCUCUGAACUCUUCCAGAGGACAGCAGCAGGAUGUUUUUUUUUUAAAGGAGUGGGGGAGAUGGAGGGUGCAGCCAGAGUGUUAACAUUAUCCAGCUCCUCCUUUGUGGAAACAGAGCUUGUUGCAAAGAACAAUAGCGCCUGGAUGUUUGAUGCACCACUGCAGCUUCAGGGCAUUCUGUUGCAAUCCUUUCAGCUCCUUUGUACUCUGGCUUUUGUUCUUGGAUCCUAUGUGUACGUGUGUGUUGAGUGCAUGUCUGCGUGAGUAUGAACAGUGGAGAUCUCCUGGGUUUUGAAGAUCGUAUAACAUACAAAGGAUUUGUAUUAUAAUUGUGCUGCUGGGAAUAUUAAUUAUGCAUUCAGCCUAUUCAGCGUCUCCUCCCACCACUUGCUGAGAAGCAAAUGUAAGGUGAGGUGCAAUGAGCUUGCACUCUACUGUUGUACCAGCCUGUACUUACAGAGAUCCCUAUUCCCCUCAGCUCUCUCUCUGAGCCAUCAUGCAUCAAAGAGCAGGUUUCAUUACAUGUCUGAGGUCCUUUUGAAAUUUGCUGUUAUUGCUAAGUAAGCAUGACAACAGCUUAGUAGAUGUCAGGUGUUGUUGGACAAUGGGAUGUUUCAGGCUACAUGAGCUGCAGGAACGUGAGGUGAAUUACAAAGUUGACUCAAAGUAACUUAUUCAAACUUUAUAUAGACUGGAGAAAGUGAUACUGAAGUUACUCUGUAAACCAUUUGGAUUUUUGGUUGAAUGAGGUAGAUAACAGAAACCAUGUCCUGAGUCAGUAGAGUAGAUCUCUGAACAUUUACGCUUUAGUUUAACUUUGACAUAACAGUCUGGGUCAUACUAUCAUGUCCUGAAUUAAAAUACUGAUUUUCAAAAUACUGUUUUUUAUGGGUAAGUAUGAACACACUUUUUGUGCUGCUUUCUCUGUUACUCAUUGGUGCUUCUGUUAUGACUACCACACCUCCACAGCUGGAGCCAUCCCCGCUCUUUCUGAUUGAGUCAGCACCGAUCGGCUGUAACUUCCUGUUGUUUUCUGUUUUCUUAUUUUUGCUCAUCUCACUGUGUUUCUCUCAUUCCCUGUUGGUCAAUUGCCUCCCAUUGUGACCCGGUGUGUGUGCGCGGGCGGGCGGAGUGAGUACUGUUCUCUGCGGGCGUCCGUCCUGAAUCAAACAGGCUUCCUGUCUUGCAUGACUAGGUAUUUGAUUUCACUCUAGCCUCAUCAGUGGAACGCCAUCCUCAGUUCAUUUUGUUUCAUGUCAUGUCGGCGGCUGCUGGAUGCACAUUUGGAGAAAUGUGCAUCAAUGUCAAAUCAGUGUAGACAUCGCUUCAGUCAUAAUUAGACAAUACCAGAGCAUAUAGGAUUAAGAUGAGCUGUAAGUAUAAAAAUUAAAGUAAAAUAUGGUUAUAAAGGAAAAUAAAGAGUCCUGUUUGAGGUGCAGAGUGCAGCCCAUGAUAUUUGGACUGUGACAAAUUUGUUUCUGGCCACUGCAUUUCAACUAAUUGGAUUUGUGAUGAAUCCUGGGAAAAUUGCAUAUUCAGGACUCUCCCAAAACCCUUUUUUGUGUUUCCGUUAAUCCAGCAUUGUUUUUACAAAUCAAAGUGAACCUCUGCACUUAAACUUUAAAGUCUUUGUUUCAUUUCAAAUAAAACUAGACAGGAAACAUUUGUGUGAUAUCCACACAAACUAAUGGCUUAUUUAAAAUUUUGUCCAUGAGUAGAGCUCAAGUUCCCAUGGUUACUCAUUCAUCACACUUAUAUGCUCAGUUGCUCUGGUAUUUGUGCUGUCAAGUUGCACAUCGCUCAUCACAUCCUUAUUGUCGUAGGAGAGAUGGGACGGUGGGGUCCCAUGCUCUUCUUCACUGAUUUUAUUGCAUUUUUGUGAACAUUUGCUGUCAUCAGCAGUUUUCCCUCUGACAUACAUUAAUUAUCUAAACACUUUGUUUUACAAGAAUAAACAAACUUUUUAACUCUAUUGCAGCAGGUCUGUUGUUGGCUUGAUUUUGCAGUAUUUCGUCUUCAACAGAAAGAUGAACCAACCAACCAAAGUUUGACCAACUUUGCAGUUUUCAGACUGUUUCAUUCAUGUUUAUGACGGGUUUAAAGGGUCUUUCCAUAACAUUUGGACUCUUGAACUCCUUAGUUAGUUGGCAUGUCACAACUUGAGAACUUUAACACUAAAAUGGUACAGCUCUGGCCUUUAGACUCAUGUCUUAGAAAGGGCUGCAUCUCCCACCUGUUUUUAAACUAAACUGCACAUAUAUAAAAAAUCUUUUCAUGUUUUCUGUGAUUAGAGGAAGGAUGAAUAUGAAAUAAACACCAAAUGUUAAUGGAUAUAAACAAAUCUUAAUCUUGAGUAUUUUUACAGACAUAGAAUGAGUAAACCAACAUACGAAAGAGGAUUAGGGCCACAAGUAGAGAAAAAAAUAAAUACAGGAGGGAGAUUUUUUACAUUCCCAUUUCAAGAUUUAAGUCAAAAUUUUAAAAAGUCAAAAUGAAAAAAAUCUAAAUUUUGACAUUUAGGUUGAAAUGUUGACUUUCAUCUUGAAAUGGAAUUUUUUUUAAUCUUGGAAUUUUAACAUUAUUUACAAUAUUUCUACAUUUUGUAAUCUUGAAAUUUUGACUUUAAUCUCGAAAUUUUGACUUUAAUCUCGAAAUUUAAACAUUUUGUAAACAUUGUUUACAAAAUGUAACAAUGUAAACAUUUUUUUCUCUUAAUGUGGCCCGAAUCCUCUUUCAUACCAACAGAAGCUAAAUAACAAAAAUAGAAAAAAAAUUAAUAAAUAAAAAUAAGAAGAUCAAAUCGCUGACUUCUCCUUAACUCUUGCUCACCUGGAUGUCUGCAUCAGACCCUCCUGACCAAGACGGUGACACAUGUUUAUACUUGUUUAUAAUUGUUCCCUCUUUAUUGUUGUUUGCUGCAGUUUCUGUUUAAUCUCAAUCUACUAAAGAUUUUUUUUUUUCUGGCAGAGCUUACCUCAAGCAGUCUGAAAAUGUAACCUGUAUUAAUGCUUUUUUUAUUAUUAUUAUUAUUUCCUCAAACAGCACAAUUCUCACAUGUUUCUGUUGCAGAACUUCUCUCUACUCUUUCUUUUUUCUUCAGUUCAAUGUUGCUGUGAACUUUGUCCAAAUUCAGUUGACAGCUGCCUGUCUCAGUAAACAAGAAAGCAAAGUUUCCCAUUCAUCAGCUUUUUCCUGUUUCCUGGAGGAAGUUUUUAAAUCUGUCCUCUCUCUCUCUUUUGCCCUCUUUUGAUCAGUCUGUCUCUCUCUCUCCCUCUCUGACAGGCGAGCCAUACUGGAAUGCGCUCCUACAUUUACAAUAAGAACUCUGUGAUUGGCUCACAGGCAGAACACUGCGGGAUGCGGACAUAUUUCUUCAGUGCGGACACACAGGAGGACAUGAAUGGCUGGAUCCGGGCCAUGAACCAGGCUGCGCUGAUGCAGCAGAGUCACACUGUAAAGAGGUUGGUCGCACUCUACAGAGUAACAUUCGCCUUCUCUGAUUGGUUGAAUUUUAAUGAGCACCAACAUCUGGUCUUACCUAAAGCAGCAGCCUCAGCGCUUUAGAUAUGUCUUCAGGUAAUAUCAUGAGAAGAACGGCGCUCUCACAGAGUUACAAUAGUGAAACUACAACCUUGUUUGUAAACAUGAUUACAUGUACAGGUGUUUGUGUUUCAGCUAAGGUGAAACAUUAUUUCUGUCACUUAAUGUUGCUCCUAUUUUUGCUUUAAGGUCUUUAGUUUAACAGCAUGAACAGUCUUCAACAGCAGGUCCAAACCUUUUCGUCUGUUCACUGAAAUGUCUGCAGUCUGUUUGUAUGUGUCUGUGUGUGUGUGUGUGUGUGUGUUUGUGUGAGUGAACUACAUCUGGGUCCUGUCCUCAUGAAGCUCAUUUCAGCCUUUUGCUGGUGGAGCAUAGACUGCACAUGAGAGACUGCAGCUGUUUGUAAAAUGCAAAAAAAAAAAAAGGGUACUGAAAAUUACUAACUGCAUUUAUCGGUCAUGUUGUUGGGCUGCAGAGUUUAUAUGAUCUGUGUUAUUAUGCCACCUAGAGGCUGAUGUAGGUCAGUAGAAAUAUUUAAUACACUGAUGAGGGAAUUAUGAAUGAUAAAAACACAUUUUCUAUUUUGAAUUAUGUGCAAGAUUUUCAGGAGACUUUCAGCUUCAGCUCACUACCAACCAGUUUCUUAUCUUCAUAUAUUCCCUCAAAUUGUUUCCACAGAAACGGCCACAUUCAAGCGUGUACAGUCUUCUUUGAAACCAUCAAUGAGAGCUUUAAAAUUAGACGUUUUGAAUCGCGCUGAACCCCCUCAAGAGGGAAAAGAAUGAAUUAAUUAAAAUAUGAAACCUAAUGAGUUUCAAGUCUUAUCACUUGAACACACUGAGCGGAGUUGCUGAAGACACAGCUUCUGUCCUUUUGUUCUUUGACGACUCAUUUUUCACUGUCCCUAUGCUGCUUUUUGUCCUGAUUGAAAAGUGUUAAAAGAGUGAAACAAAUGAUGAAAAGUCAUUAAAUAAUUCCUUGAGGCCUCAGAUCUUUUCUGAGAGAAACAUAGUUGUGAAUUCGACCAUAUGUAACAAUGUCUCAGAAAAUUUAAUUACCGCUCAGGGAGGGACACUUAAGGUUAAUUUGAGUUUCCAUUAUCAUUUAUUUUAUCCACUGUUUCAUACUCUGUAAUCCCCCUUUUAAAUUGCUGCACUAUAUCAUAAUAUACAGAGGAGAGUGGAAAUAAUAUGACAGUUAAAUGACUCUUGAAACUUGAGUAUUAGAUUCAGGCAGAAGGAGGACUUAACUAUAAUGAUUCAUCAGCCUGUCUGACUUUUUUACAGAGAGAUGGAGAAGCCAAAGAAGGCCGUGCAGCAUACAGCCCCACAGACCAACCACGUCCACAUCAACCAGCACUCAGCCCAGUCAGAAAGCCAUCGCAGGAUAGACAGAGAGGAACCUCGAGAUAAUGGCGUCCAUUUGUCUCACGAAGAUGAAGUGAGGUACGGAUCAGAGAUUCAAGGGAGGCCCGGGCAUUCAGAGGAAAGAGCAGAGAGACUCUCUCCAGACUCACUCGAUGGAGCAGCACACAAGAACGGACAGCAGACUGUGGUCCAGGUGGCUCUGCCCCCUGAACAGAACGGAAAUCUUGUCUAUCAGAGAGGCUUCGUUUCGCGGAAAGACUCAGAGAAGAAUGUGCAGAGGAAGAACACGCUGGCUCAGGUGGAGCAGUGGGUCAAAGUUCAGAAAGCAGACCCACCGAAGAGGUCAGUGUAAAAAACACAAUCAGUAAGAAUUCCCUAACAGCAGCAUCAGUGAUGAUAAACAAACCUAAGUCAAUGGCCCCCUCUGGUGGCGUGUAGGGGUACUUGUACAAUAUUUGUAUUUAAUUUGAUUUAUGCAGAGAGAUAACUAUGGAUAAAUAAUACAUAAAAUAAAACUCCUGUAUGUGUUUUUCUGUCCCAGUGCUCACUCUAUUGACUUCAACCUCCCUCGGCGGACCCCUCCUUUAAAACCCAAAGCCAGCACAGUGGACUCGACCUAUCACUCGUUGCCAAAGUCUCCCCAUCUCCAAUCCGGCAGCGGUUCUCCUCCAGCAUCAGGCAACGUGCCCAGUGACUACAAGUACGCCCACGACCGGCUCAGCCACUUCCGCAUGUCCACCGAUGAGAGAAUGGCCACCAAGGAGGGGAUGGUGUGGCAGCUGUACGAGUGGCAGCAGCGGCAGCAGUUCCGUCAUGGCAGUCCCACCGCGCCCAUUUACACCGGUCCUAACUUCACAGACUCUUCAUCUUUUCGAGUGACCGUGGAGAUGCCACGAUCCAUUUCUGUCCCUCCGUCGCCAUGUGAAGUCCCACCGUCGCUCCCCUCCUUCAAACCCCUGUCCCCUCGCAGGCCGCACACCCCCUCAGACAGACGCACAGUCAGGCCUCUGGAUGAAAUGUUCGCUGGGGACAGCACAAGAGCCAGCUCCCCUGGCCAUAUAUGUGCCCAACUUUCUCAGGUAGGAAAUUAACUCAGGACAUUUGUGGUCCUAUUUUUCGGACUAUAAGGCACUCUUAAAUUUUCUCAAAAAUUGACAGUGCACCUUAUAAUCUAGUGUGCCUUAUGUUUGGUUACUUGUUGUGCUUACUGACUGAUUUUAUGUGCUACAAUGCGCAUCUGUGAUACGCUGUGUCACUACCUGAUUGACCCCGUAACAGGACCCCCGAGCAGUCUACAAGACUGCCUGACUGUAAUGCCGAAACAAGAAGUGCAUUCAUGUAAGGCAGCCUGGGCCGCAGGAUUUUUUUUCGUAGCAUAGUAGGGGGAAGGUCCCACCCUCCUUCACCUCUGAUUGGCUCGGUGUGCUGGGCUACGAUUGGUUAUUCCUUAUGGCAUCAUUGAAACAUCAUCGUCUUUCUGAUUUGGAGAUUCAGAAUUAUGAAAAUGUUCUGUUCGAUGUACAGAGCCGAAGCCCGCACUCCGCUUGAGUGUGUGAUGACGUCUCACAGCCAAUCAGAGGCGAAGGAGGCAGGUCCUUCCCCUACCAUCCCAUGAAAAAAAAUAUCGCGCCCAGGCCCAGAGUACAACGCUAGCAACAAUAAACCAAUCAGUGCGCCAAUGCUUAAUGCACCUUACAAUCUGGUGCACCUUACUAUGAGCAUAGACACGUUAAUUCACAGUGCACCGUAUAAUCCAGUGCGCUUUAUUGCCCACGGCCCAGAGUACAUGCUAGCAACAAUAAACCAAUCAACCAAUCAAUGCGCCACUGCUUAAUGCGCCUUACUAUCUGGUGCACCUUAUUGCCUGAAAAAGACAUUAGAGCUGCCUGUCUAAAAACCAAUCAAUGCGCCAAUGCGCCUAUUCUUAAUGCGCCUUUCAAUCCAAUGUGCCCUAUGUGUGAACACAGACAAGUUAAUUCACAGUGCGCUGUGUAAUCUGGUGCGCCUUAUCGCUCGCGGCCCGGAGUACACACUAGCAACAAUAAACCAAUCAACCAAUCAAUGCGUCAAUGCGCCAAUGCUUAAUGCGCCUUACAAUCGCCCGAAAAAGACAGUUUUUCCAGAAAACUCCAUUAGGGCUGCCUGUCUAAAAUCUCCUCCAGAUAAUUAAUUCAAGACACUUUAAAAUUAUACUACAACCUAAAUAAUAAGUAUGUAUUCAUGUGUUUGUAUUUCAUGUCAGCAGUGAUGUAAGUUUAUGUGUGAAAUCGUCUCAAGCAAACACACAGCCCGGUCUUUAAAAUGGGUACUGCGUCCUUAAAAGUCUGUGGAUAUAGUUUGACUGGCAGGGAUAAUCCUUGGAGUGACAUAAUAUGAAAUUAAUUUGGAUUUUCUCUCCUAUUGGUGUGAACUUGAGGGAUGUUGUCCGCUCAUUGGGACUUCAUGGGAAGAUAAGCAUAGGGAGCAUGAGAAGACAGCCUACUCGGAGUGCACACACACAUUUUUAGAGUCAUGUGAAUCACCCACAGAUUCACACAGUCCACACCCUGGCCCCGCUCGGCAGGUGGUGUCAGCAAAGCUUGCCUCUCCAGCGUUCAGACAACACCACCACUGCCGCAGGAGACAGAGCAAGGAGGCCGUCCAGUCAUCCACACCCUACGCUGUCUGCCAACCACACCCUCCACAUGUGAAAAACUCUCCCUCUGAACCAACGCCUCAUUCACCAACACACACAGGCCUCAUAACCAACCCCGAGGGCCGUACACAAGUUUAACAAAGUGAUGCACGGCUUCUUCCAUCAGUCACACAAGUGUCAAGACUUUAAUUAUAAUUGUUAAAGAGGAUGACAUACAAUUAUAGAAAAGCCUUCAAAGAAGAAACAUGUCUGACAAAGGGAGCCGCAGCCAUGACUUUGUCCGAGAGAGUUGUGUUUAUGGGAACUAAAGAAAGUCUGCAUUGGACUCUGUUUUGGUACAGCCAGCAUCUUUGAGGCUCUCUUUGACUGGAGUGUGCUUAAGUAAUAGCAAUGUGUAUACCUCUGUGGAAUAUCAUUAAGAAGUAUGUUUUAUUAGCGGCUAAUCCAAUUUGCCCAGGGCUCCUCGGCACCCUAUAAACAUCUCCACUCGAUCUCAAACAUCAGCAGUGGUGUCUUUCUUCUGAUCUCACAUUUAAAUAAAAAACCUAUUAUACAGCAAAAAAAAUAGUGGCAUGGGAAUCUCAAAGGGAAUGGCUUACAGUGCUUCUCUUGCUGGUAGCAAACAAAUGUUAUUUUAAGAAAGCAGGUUCAGUAUAAUUUAUGUGUAGUUAAUUAAAUCUCUUGUUGUUUGUGUCCUUUUAAGGUUCUGUAGUGGGCCUGGUUUUUCGCUAAUUCUGUGUGUUAAGCAAAAAUGUCAAAUUUUCUAAGCCCUGUAGCAUCUCAAACUCGGGGCACACCUUGUUUUAAAUGAGAGACGGAGCGAUGAAAGGGAGAAAAGGAUAGAUGAAAAAAUAAAUCUGCUGUGUAGUCAAAUUUGUUUGCAGACUUGGAGGCAAUGUUUUAACUUUGAUUCAGUGUGAUAAAGUGGUCUAUCUAUUGAAGGAUACUAAGCGAAUUAAGCAUUCUGUUUGAUUGGACUCUAUCUCAGCUGUGAGAAGUUGAUGAAUUUUGUUUCUUCACAGACUUCACAAAUAGAGAGAAGGUCCAUGCCAGCCAUGGGCUACAUCACUCACACUGUCAGCGCACCCAGCUUGCACGGAAAGACGGUAUGUUCAUCUCUUUUUAUGACUUUUAUCAAUUUCAAAGAUAUUUGUAAAACUUAAUUGUAGUUCAGCUAGUCUUUGUAAAAAAAAAAAAAAAAGAGUAUGGUUAGAAAUUUGAUGCAUAGAUGUCCACUUCUGUGACAAAUCUGUUAUGUAAAAAUGUAGACCUGAUCAAGCAAACUGACACUGUGAGCACCCCCUUAAAAAAAAAACAUUAAAAUGUUCAUUCAGUCUGAACUCAAAGGUGUUAUCUCUUAUUAAAACCCUCAUCUUCCCAGUCUUCAUAGUGCAGCCCUAGCUUUUACAUUUUCAGCUGUUAUGAGGACAUAAAUCAAGACAAAGCAGACUGGCCUCUCGGCCAAAUAGCUUUCUCAGCUAUUGUACUACCCAUAUGGUUCUCAAGUACUUUUUCUCAUCCCUCUGCGCUUCCCGCCCCUAAACCUCGGGCUUGGCUACAGCCAGAGGAGCUGACUCUGCUCCUCAUUCAGCUUCGGAGGCACCAGGCUAAGAUGGCUGGUGUGCAUAGUCCCAGCGAUGCGUUUGCUCACCUGCAGCACCACCAGCACAACGGCCUUCUAGGCCCCAGCAUGCAGGUCAGGGGCCCUCGUACCUCCCUUACCUCCUCUGCAGCACUCUGCAACCCCCCUGCCAGUGCAUUGUGGUCCCUCUUUUCCCAGCCCACUCCUUACAUUACCUCCCUGUCAUUCAUGAUAGUGUGCCGUCUGUCAGUAUUGCUUGGUUGUCCUGUUUAGUCAACCAUUUUGGCAUGAGCUGUAUUGCACCUCAGGCUGUCCAGAUUGUCUUGAAACUUCACAUCAGUACAUCCUUCAUUGACGUCACUCAUCCAACUUUAUAGAGACUUAAAAAAGCAGAAACCAGGAGUUGGCUCAUUCUACUGAUAGGAAGAAUAAUGGCAUUUUUGCAGCAUGUUGCUCGUAGACUGUGCUUGCGAUAUUGACCAACCUUUGUAGACUGAUGAGUAGUCUUGCACAGCCACCAACACAGACUGUAAUUUUAUCUUUUUGAACUCUGUUAAGUCUGAUGCUCUUGUUAUUAUUCUUAAGUGGCCAUUAGGCUCCUUUUGAGUUUGUUCACUAACAGUAUAUGUCUAUGAGACUGACAAAAUACAGUGACGCUGCAGUGGUGCUCAGUAAUGACUCCAUCUAGUUCGUAACAUCCUACCAUCCUCUAGCCAUCUUCCAUCCUUACCUUCCAGUAUGAACCACUCAGUUUGACCACAUGACAGAGAAAGAGACUUAAGCUGUUCUGUUGUGAAUGAGGUCAAACUCAAGAUAUUGAAUAAGUUAAAAACUUCAACACUUUAUUACAGUUUGGCUUCCCAUGCAAAAACAAAACAAAACACAGAGGUAGAACUAAACUGCCAUUUCAACCGAGUGAAUCAAAAUCUUGUUUUUAAAGCCCAUAUAGCAAAUAAAGGUUUGAGUCAUCUGGUCACCUUUAACUCUUUGCAGCUUCAUUUCAAAUGAUGUGUCUCUCCACUGCUCAUUUAAAGGCUGAUGAUACUUACAUACAACUGAAGAAGGACCUGGAGUAUCUAGAUCUGAAGGUGGGCCCCGACAAAGUAAAUGCCAUUUUAUCCUUUUCAUCUCUCCCUCAUCUUCCUCCUGUGAACUGCAAUCUUGUUCUCCUGCUGCCUCUAACACCUGCCUCCCUGUUCCCCCCUUCUCCUGUCUUUCCUGUCCUGGGCUAUGCUUUCAACUGUCUCCUUAUGAUGAAAUCAACAUGUCUUUUAAAUGCCUGUUUAUUAUGGAAGUUUUCCAUUUAAUAACCUGAUGUGCAGUGUUUGCCUUUGAUGCAGCAGACCACCGAUAAGUGUGUUUUUACACUUAUACCCGAUGCUACUACUUUCUAUAGCUAUGUUAUUGCUUUCUAUUCAAUGUUUUACAUUUCCUGCCAUUAUCUUCUCCUUUUAUUUGAUUUUGUUUUAUUGGAUCAAAUACUCUUUAUUUCACUCCUGUUCUUUCACAGAUAAUUAAGUGAUUAGUAAUCCAAGAUGGAGUCAAUCCUAAACACUAUUUUAAUCAGAAAAAAAGACCAGAAAUACUAAAAGAAGUCAAAGAAUAAAGAAAUGCUCUACCAAUCAGGACUGGUUGACAAGUAAAGACAGGUGCUUUGAUGCCGUCUUCAUACAAGAGCACUACUGUUGUGACACUUCAAGUUAACACCGAGACUAAAUUAACCAUGGACUGUUUAUAAGAUGCGAACAAAGCCUGUUAGCCUCAUAUUAGGCACUAGUCUCUUAAACCUGCUUUCUCGCCUAUGACCAGCAGGGUUAAGUAUUUAAAGGUUACUUCACUUCUCCUGUGAUUUAUGAUCUCUGUUAUGAUCCUUGUAAGUUCAUGUUCUAAAUGAUUUGUUUCAAGUCUUCUAGAGUACAUACCCACUGAGCAUUUUUUGGUCUAAUAGAUGUCUAAAUGUAGCCUAGGCGACUGGUCUAAAAUCAGGCUACCAUGGGUCUAAUAUUGAAAGUUUUUUUAGACGUCUAAAUUUAGACCAAGUUUAAACUAAAUCUAAAUCUGUACUAUAUCUAUACUUCACUGUAUAUUGCUCAACAGCUGUCAUAAUCAUUUUGGUUAAGUACUUGGAGAUCAGUUAUGCAACUCAAAGUUGCGUUUUGAAAUAGAUAGUUAUCGAAUAACGGGUUAAAGUGCAACGUCUUAAUUCUGUCUAAAAAUAUACAGAAUCGAGACGGUUGAAAUUAGGUCUAAAAAACAACUAGACAUCUAAUUGCUCAGUGGGUACGUACAUACAUACAGACAGACCUCUACUGUGUUUAUUUAUUGAUUUAUUAUCCCUCUUAGAUAAGUAUUUACAAUAAAACAGUAUAUGUUUAAGGGCACAGCUGUUGCUUUCAAAUGAUUGUAAGUGUUGAUCUGGAUGGAUAUACUCAAGUUUGUUUACACUUGUUUGUCCAAAUAUGGUCCAUUCUGGUUAUAAGUAAUAAUCACUAUGAGGAUCUUGUAGUUAAGGCUUUGACAUCCUCAAAACCUUAUGUGUUUCAGGGUAUUUGAUUUGUAAACGGUCUAUGGGGAUAAUACUUGUCAAUGUAAAGUGUUUCCUGUUUGGAGCUGUAGUUUUUGUUAUAAGAAAUUAAGACAGAAUAACAAAUAGAGUCACGGUAAAGGCUUGUUUGUGCUGUUUUAAAGCUGUAAGUUUCAUUAAGCUAUCUAUCGGCAUAUAUUCCAUUUGUAUCCGCACAUUUGAAGCUAACUGUUUUGUAUGUUUAACACCACAAUACAUUAAUUAUUAGACAUCUUGGUUUUGUUUUGGAAUGGAGUGGGGUCACCUGAUGAAGUACGACCUAUAACACCUCUCCAUUUCCUGUGUCAAAACAGAUCCAAAGUAUUGACCCGAUGAUCCUUUCAAUACACAAUGUGUUUGAAAACUCCACUCCGAGUUUUGGGUACUGUUGGAAUGUAAGGAUGGUGUGCAUACAAAGUGAAACCAACCAUUUCACUGCUUUUUCCAAAGGAAUGUGAUGCAUCCCUGAAAGUUAUGCAGGAUAUCGCACAUGAACACCUUAAUCCAAUCAUUCAUUGUGUGAUACUGCAGCACUGCUAUGAGAUUUGGGAGGAAGGGAGCUGUUAUGCUAGAAAGCUCCCUUGCAUGUUGUUAAGCACAUUUGAAUGUGUUGAACAUUGGUUUGAUAUCUUUAAUUUGUUUUCGUUUUACUCGUUUGAGAAUGAGUGAUGACCCAAUGGUGCUCUUAAUAGAAAUGUAAUGACUAGUCAUACGUAAGGGCCUCUAGUUUCAUUGUGGUGACUGGCAGAAACAAAUAGAAACCUAAAACUGCAUUAGAAUUAAGAGACUUGUAGUAAACCCCUCCCAAAACUACAGAUACAUGACGGAACUUUUCUGUUUAGUACUCGACAUGACGGGUUGUUGACUUUGACAUGUAAAGUAGGUGGAGUGUCCAUUUGAUCCAGUCUUCCUGUUGCAGAGUCCAUUUAGCUGUGCUGGGUGUGGUGUGUCAUGGAUAUUCCACCCACAUUUUCAGCUUUAUGCAUUAUUCACUGUUACAGAGACAGUUACUAAUGCAUGCAGGAAACCUAUUAUAGACUUUGAGUCCAUGUGAAAGUGAGUCCUUUUUCUGGACUGUCCAAAUUUGGUUUCACAAAAUAGGGUGAACAAUUCCAGAGGAUUUACAUGUUCACUACACAUAUUAUGAUUUCACUCACACUAUGGCAAAUGUUAACACUACUGUCUUGUGUUGUCUUAAUGGCAGGGAAGUAGUUAAAUGUCGCACAGUAUAACAUGAUGCCCUUUCCCUUUAAAAGUUUUGUGUUAUAAGCUCAUUAUUAAAGCCCUAACUCAAACACAUACUUUCUGUUUCUUUGAGGACUAUUAGAAUAUAUGAAAUAUAUAUAAAUAUAAAUAAAUAAGGGUCUUUAUUUACAUUAUUCAAAAAGUGCCUCUAUAUUUUCUGCAACUAUUCAGUUUCAUUUGCACUCUACUUCCUGUACAGAGUCACAACAGGUAUAAACAGAAAUAUUUUUAAAUGUAAGAAUUCGUCUUAAAGCUACUCUUAGGUGUAAUACAGUACAUCAGUCUGGAGGUGGCUGAAUCUUACCGGUGAACCAAAACUUGAAUACCUUGAACAAGGCUGUGUUAUGGUCAUAGAAUGUAUAUAGAAUGGACGCCGUCUGCCUCCUCGCUGGGUGAAGCCAACCCGAGAACAGCGCCCUCUGGUGACGGGCUGCAGUAUAGGUCAUAAAUCCCGCCUCCUCCAGCAAUCCCUAUGGAGCUGUGGACACAGAACAUAAAUUUUUCUCCCCCUUCUUGCGAUGUUGACAUGAAGUUACUCUAAGACUGGUUUGUGCUCAAGUCCUCUUUUUUCUGUGCAGCUCCAUUUUUAAAAGUUAGAAGGGGGUUCAUGUUUUCUAUGAUUGACACUCGAUACAGCCUAUUGGUGUACAAAGAUUGCAUAGCUCACCUGGGGGAUACGCUGCUUGAGCCGAGUGUCAUCACAGUGACUCUUGGUUUCAGGAAGUUGAUAAAAAAUUGAAAUACCGAGAACUUUUUGGCUUCAAAUCUGGCAGAAGGCGGAACCAAGUUGUCCAUAUUAUAUACAGUCUAUGCUCUGAACACUGGCAUUGCUCCUUCCUUCACUUCGUCAGACUUUCUGCCUUACCAUUCCUACAUGAAACUAGAUGCCUUCAGUUAUGACUAUUUCCAUUAACCUAGAUGUACUUUUUGAAGUAGAAAUACUAAAUUUAACAUUACACCUCACAUUAUAUAAACCAAUGUUUCUGAAUCGGGGAAUCCCAGGGAUGAGCAGCUUUGGGUUUUUGGGGGUUUUUCCUCAAACAAAAAGAUGCAGAAGUUCUUCCUGCAUAAAUGUUUCCGCUCUGCUUCUGCACAUUUUUUAUCAAAUCAGCUCCAGCUCAUGUUUUAUGUGAUUGUGUUUUUGUUUCCUUCUCCUCAUUAUCUUGUCUUGAUCCAUCCAGCCUGAUUUAAUUACCAGUCUGAAUUAAUGCUGAAACCCCUAUACAGUUAUAUCAUUCUUUGUUAUUUCUAAGUAGUCAAGAAAAGCUGUUUAUCACGUCAGAUGAUUGAUGAAUAUUUUGUUUUAUUUGUGGCUAUUUUGAAUUUCAGGUCACCGGACGUGAGAGCUUAAAAACGGAGAGAUCAUCAAGGCCUGUGAAAAUAGCAGAGAGCGAUGCUGAUGUAAGUGAAUCCUUGUGUUCUCAGGACUUCAAAACAGAGUCUGAUAAGCAGCCUGUUUAUCUGUCUCCGUCUUUUCUUUAUGAUCUUCAUUUCCGACUUCUUACAAUCCACUACAGAGACGCAGCUGACUCUAGUCUGACUUUACUGUGUGUUUUAGUGUGUGGGUUUGUGUGUGUGUGUUCUUAAGUUGUGGUAAACAGAGGCUGCUGAGGGAAGGGAACGUAUGUACACUGCAACACUGUGGGGACACCCAUCCACUCUGCACAGUGAGGGCCUGAGAGCAUCGACCACAGCUUUUAUUUUCCACCCUGCAAUUUAAAGGGAAAAAUACAUGUAAUGGGAGUUUUAGAUGUCGAGCUGUUAAAUUUUUCAGUUUGAUUUGCCUGAUCGCGCCUUUCUCACUCUUUGUUUUCCGCUGAAUGGAGGUAAAUAAGAUGGAUGUCCUGGCUUUUCAUCAUUAGCAUUGUUCCACUUUAACAAUUUAUAAGAGAUUGCCAGUAAAUUUGUCUGAACAAUUAAUAUUUCAUGCAAUUAAAAACAACAAUAUACGGCAGCAAAAUAAAAACAGCUUAAUUAUUAAUUGAACAGAAUGAUAACUAGAUCUGAGAAAAAAGAACUGUGCGUGAGGAAGACUGUGAACUAGGCAAGCUUAUGUUGUUUUCAUAAACACAUAACCCAUUUCUGGGAAAACAAAUCUGUCACUCUUAAUCAACAUGCUUUUCUCCAAAAAGUGAAUGUGAAAAUAUGGAUUUUUGAUUAUGAUUACUCAUAAUGGGUAUUACCAGAUCUUGCCCCCAAACCAGACAGUAUAGAGCCUUUUGAUAUUCCUCUGUGCGCUGAUGAGAGGAGUCCCUCUGGGCUUUGCACAUAGACAAGCCUUAUUGACAUAUUUACAGACAGCACAGACUGCAGCAGACGAUCAAUUCGUCUCAUCUAGCAGCUUGUUGUGGAUAUAAUGAAAGAAAGAGAAGAAUAAAAAUAAUGGACACGGUACUUUAUCUCAUCAACUCAGUCGAUAUUUUAUCUGUUUCUGUUUUUUUUUGUGUAUUAUGUCUCCACUUUGUGGUUCUUUGAAGGUUAAAGGAGUAAUAAGGUGUGAUCAAUCUUAAUAUAUCAACAUGGUUUGUCUUCUUUAGGUGAAAUUAAGUCGACUGUGUGAACAAGACAAGAUCCUACAGGAGCUGGAGACCAGGAUACGCACUUUAAAAGAGGACAAGGUCUGCUUUUACAUUUAUGUCGGUAACAAAUCGUCCUUUUCUUUUCCAUCUAUUUCUUUGUGGGACUCUAAGGGCUUCUUGUGUGAUCACUGUCCAGGACAAGCUGGAGUCUGUGCUGGAUGUUUCCCACCAGCAGAUGGAGCAGUACAGGGAUCAGCCGGCCCACGCUGAGAAGAUUGCCUAUCAGCAGAAAUUAUUACAGGAGGAUGUGGUGCACAUCAGAGCUGAAAUAUCCCAAGUUUCCACAGUAAGACUAAAGCCUCGGUAUGAUUCAGUAUGUAAAGUAAAGUACACCUUCUUUGACUUCUUUGUGAAUGACAUUACUCAGGCUGACCUCUCUAUGGCCCAUGUGCCACCCCUUGAGUUUCUGUUGGUUUGGAACGAGACGUGUCCUGCUAUUUUUAGUUUUUCUCUUUUGAUGGUUUCCGCAACUGGUGCAGUGUUUCAGUUUGACUGUCACUGUCAAAAUGACUAUCAGGGGAUUAACUCCGGGCUAAAAAAAACACUAGUAUGAAAAUCUCCUCGCCACUGAGGAAAGUAGAGUCGUCAAAAUGUGUGUUGUUAUUCAAAACAAUCAGGAUUCAAAUUAGAAAAUACAAGUUUAAACGGAGCGUUUACAGAUACACCACAAAGACAAAAAGGACAGUGUCCAUAUUUUUUUGUUGAUCGGUUUGGCUCAAAGUUCAGGGAGGAUUAAAAACAAGUAAUAUAAUCAAAGUGGUAAAAGCAUGAUCAGAAUAAAUAAUAAGAAUAAACACCUGCGGCUUCUUUUAACAGCAUUUUACUGCAAACAUGCUUACUGAUUAUGUCCAAAUGUGGUUUGAAUUUCUGUUUCGGGGAUAAAUAAAGUUCUUCUAAUUCUUAUUCUUACUGCUCUACUUUUACAUUUAACAGUCUGAGGGUGCUCUUUGUUGAUUUGCAGGAAAUGGAGAACGCGUGGAAUGAGUACAACCGCCUGGAGAGUGAUGUGGACUGGUUAAAGUCGGCCCUGCAGGCACAGAUGUCCCGCAGUGAUCUCACUCAGGUCUGUGGCUCAGUGAUCCCUGUUCACUAUCAGAUAUGAGGCUGUUUUCACACAUACAGACAAAGUCAAGACUUUCAUGAGGUUGUUUCUUUUAAAAGUUAUAUUCUAGCAGAAUUAAUGACUUUAUCAGUGUUACAACACUCCGGUAAGAAGUCAUUUCACAGCACAGCUUAUGAAAUGUCUGUUUACGUUUGUCUGAGUUGAUGUUUGGUUCUCUGCGCACAGCAAGAGAAAGUCCAGGUCCGAAAAGAGCUGUGGAGGAUCGAGGAUGUUAUCGCAGGCCUCAGCACCAGUAAAGCCAACUACAAAGUCACUAUCUCCUCUGUUACCAACCCAGGUCAGUCAAGUGCAACCAAACCACGUGUUCACACCACUGUAACUCACCAUUAAAGCUCUUAAUCACACACUCGUUACUAAUGCCUCGAACAUUUCACAUGGGAAAACAGAGCACUGUCUUACAGUGUGCGCGUGUGUGUGUAUUAAUCUUACAUGUGUUUAUACACCAAAUUCCCCAGAGAGGAAAUUUGUGCCUUCAGUGUCGGCAUCAUCAGUGCCUUCUGUGUCUGGGAGCCCGUCUGCAAUGGAGAUGAGACUGUCCCAGCAGCCGCAGCACAGCCCCCACCUCAGCCCCAACAUUCACACUCCCACUCUGUUCUCCAGCCCCAGCCAGCAGCCUUUACUGCACUCUGCAACUAUCACCAGUGGGCUUAACUGGGUGAGUUCACCCUGCCAAAGGUGCUGACAGAAGCAGGUUUUUACACAGUAUAAGGGAAAAAAUGGACUGCGUAUCGUUCUCUUAACUAUGAGGCUUAUCUGACCUCGAUUGUUCAUAAUUCCAACCUCUCAUGGUUUGUCAACACCUUUUUCAAUGUAAGAUAAAGGGAUGCAAUCUCCUUGUUUGAUCUACAUGUCUGCAGUCUUUCAACUUCAGUGUGUGAAAUAAUGGUUUUUAGGGGUGUCCCGAUACGAUAUUGACAUCGGUCCGAUAUCAGCAAAAAAACAAAUAUUGGAUUAUGUCGGCCUGCAUCUUAAGCUGCGUUCCAGUUGUACUCAGAAGUCGGGAUUUCUGAGCUCCGAGUUGGAAAUUCAUGUGGAACGCCCCCCUGAAGUCGGAUUUACGGCUCAGAAAGUUGGAUGAUCCUCACCAACCCCGACUUGACGACAACAUCGUAAUUCAAGAUCGCAGCGCAGUACAUCAACAGUAAAGAGUAACAGUGAAAGCUCUCGUAAUGUGUUCUUUAUUAGCACUUCUGUUUUGUUUUUGUGAAAUUAAAUAAGUGGUUUAUGUUUUACUACCCAACGUCUAACUGUGAACACGGUGCUAUGGUGUUUGUAAGAGUAAAAUACUGUGUCAUACGCUGUUUACUGGUAUAGUUAACAACAACUAACAACAGCUGACAACUGUAAACAACAGCUAACAAAGGCUAACAGUAGGCGUCCAUCUUGGUUUACCGACUUGUUAACUGGAACGCCGUCAACUCGGGUGUAACGUCAUUCCCUGCUAUGACUUCCGAGGUCACUGGAACGCAGCAUAAAAUCUCCGAUAUCAGCGCUCCAAUACAAACAGUCAAUUCCAGACUCCACUCCAGCACCUCUAGCUAGCAGCGCCCUGAUCCAGCAAGCUGAGCCCACAGAAUCAUAACAACAGUGUGUACUAAGGUACUAACAAAAUAGCAAUAUGUCGGCCUUGUGGCAGUAUUUUUCGUUUAAGUCCGAAAAACUUAUCAAUAUCUGAUCAAUAUAGGUAUUGUAUCGGAAGUGAAAAAGUUGUCUUGGGACAACCCUAAUGGUUUUGUUGAAAGUAUGAAAUAGGAAAAAGAGCUUUUCAAAAAGAUACUAACGUUUGAAGAUUAUUAACAGCGGACAGUAGAUAAUCUUUACAUUUAAAAAUGGAAAACAUCAGUCUUUUAGUAAGUGCCUUUGUAUUGUGUUUUGUAUAAAAAAUGUCUGAAAAGAGUGAGAAAAGAUUAAUCUUCUGAUAGAUUUGGUUUGAGGAUACUCAUUUUGACUUUUCUCACCCUUCCCGUGUGGAAAACAUUAUAGAAAAAGGAACAAUGAGGGGUAAUAAAUGCUAAAAAUCAGCUGAGUGAUAAUCACCCAGCACACUAGAAGCCUUUAAAUCAACGGUGACAUUAACACGAGCGUCAUUUACAAUUAAUGGUCAAUUUACAAAUUCUUCUUGCUGGUCUUCAAAGUGGCUGGUGUCACUUCCAGGGAAGUAUGAAGAUUUCUUGUUCCCUCAAAUUAAUCAGAAGUUGACCCUUUUUUUUUAAUGUUCAGGGUGAGGAUGACGUGCCUCCCAGACCUCCUCUACCUCAGCUCUACAGUCCUGAAGAGCAUCCCCCUGCUGUGCCCCCCCUGCCCCGGGAGACCACAGUCAUCAGACACACUUCUGUACGUGGCCUCAAACGACAGUCAGACGAACGCAAAAGGGACAGAGAGAUUGGCCAGUACACCAAUGGAGACGGCAAGGUUUGUGUUUGUGCUAUUAGCAUGUGGAAAUGUUUGUGUCUCGUCUGUUUCUAACGUCUACUUUUGUACCUCAGGUGGAACUAAGACCUUUCCUGAGUGACCCUGAGCUCAUGGGAGCUGGGGACGGCUCCAGCUACACCAGUGUAGUGAUAACACCUGGACCUGAGGGUUACCAGACAUUACCUGGUAGAGGUGAACAGUUGAUAAAGCCAGUAAAGCUCAUGAAUUUUACUGUACACACUCUCAGCCAAUAAAUGAAUGUGUUUGGCUUUUCCUCAGGAGCAGCUGGUUCUUCACUCAGACUAAAUCAGUCCUCAAGCAUCUCCUCGUAUGUUACCCUCCGCAGAGCAGCAUCAGCUGCCGGCGUAAAGGUACGACCCACUAACCCCCAACUUCCACCGCAUCAGGAAGGGCUGCGACAAGGCCGUUUGCAUUCAAGUUAAUGUGUCAAUUUCCACCGGCUUCUUUCCGUCACCUUGCGGUUCAGCAAACUCCGCAACCGAUCACAAGACUUCUAUUUUUUUCCAGACGCCGCAGCACGGCGCAUAAAUUCAGCACAGAUUAACCCGUGCUGGAGAGGAAGAAAAUAAAACACAGAAAAUAAAACAUCCGUCUUCUUUUCAAAAUGAAAGACCACGUGUUUCAGGCGAAUUGUAUUUCACACCAUGCAAACGGGCGGGGACGAACAAGUGAAAAGGUUUUCAGACAACAUUUCACCCCAACGACACCAUGGAUGAGGAGAUGCUUGUUCAGGAAGUAGAUUUCCUCCUCUAGAAGGACACAAUCUACUGUUUUUAUGGUUAUGUGGCUGUCUUUAGAGAGACCACUUUAUUGCGCGAUUGCAUGUGAAUCCAUGGGUUCUUGUGAGUUCUCAUGAUUCUGCCAUGAAAUUCGCCUCAAAAACACAUCUGGUGGAAAUUGGCGGACGGCGAAAAUCACUGCCGUUCAGUAGCAGAGCCGUUUCAGAUACGGUGGAAAUUGGGGGUUAGAGUCCAGUAAAGAAGGAGAUGAAAGUAUCAAAUUCACCAAAGUGAGGCCAUAAUUCUUCAGGAAAUCAGUGAUAUUUAAGUAGAACUAAGCAUUUGUUAAUAAAAAAAAAGGUCUAAUUAACAACAGCUUUUGUUACUGAAAAUAAAAUACAGACGACCAUCAGUUCUUUUUUCUUCCUUCCUUAUCACCACUGAUAAUGCAUCAGGGUUAUAUCUGAAGUUUGUUGUUAUUUUUCUCUCCAUCUUUGCCUUCUGCUGCACCUUUCGCUCAUGUUCUCAUCUCUUUCCUCCCACUCCUCUCAGGAGAGACCAAAAAGUGCCUUGGAGCGUCUGUACUCUGUGGACCCAGCGCAGCAGCAGCAGAGGGGGAAGAUGAGUGCUGAUGAGCAGCUGGAGAGGAUGAAGAGGCACCAGAAGGCCCUUGUCCGCCAGCGCAAACGCACCCUGAGUCACGGAGACCGCCACUCCUCCGCUUCGCCGCGCCCCUCGCCCUCAUCCUCGCGCCCCCUUUCAGCAGACAUGGGAUCAGUAUGUCACUAGAACAAUAUCACACAUCACCCUCUCAUGCAUGACGACAACCAGCCCAAGAGCGAUGGUCGACAUCAUGCAUGCCUUUAGUCUGUCUUUUCUGUUUCUGACAACACAGACUUCAACAUAAUCCAAUAAAUCACAACAGUAUGGUUAUUCACUGUGUGCCUCUAACUGUGCAUAUCACAUGCAUUUGUUGUCUUCAGACUUUUGUUCACAGAGAGCAUUUGACUUGUCAUAGCAAGAAAAACACAGAUUUACCAAUAAUAAUGAUAAUGAUAAUGAUAACCAUGUUUGUAUUAUUAAUCCUGUGUUUUCCUAACGUGGCAUAUUAAAAUGUAAGGCCUUUUCGUACAGGGGGAGACGAGAUUUACUCUUUACACCGAGCACUUAAUCUUAGCGCAAGUGUUCACAGUACUUAUGAAACUGUAUAAAAACAAAGGAUUCAUGAAAAAGCUGAAAUAAUAAUAAUUAUAAUUAAGAAUCGUUUCUUCACUCAUGAUAUUUGCUCUUGCCUAGCAAUCUCAUAACACAAUAAUAACCUUAGACACAGGCCUUUCAGCCGAUGACACCUCAUAUUCACUUGUUCCUGGAUAGUUAUUCUCUCUCAUAGAUGCUAAUACUCCUUUACACAAUCAUUGCCAUCCAUCCUCUGUGGUUUUUUCCAUUUCAUGGCUGUUUUUAUCCACUUUGUUGGUGCCUUUCCACUUAACAAGCAAACUGUUUCCUCUCCUAUAACGGUGUCUUGUGUGUUCAUUGGUGUUGUCUCCACUUAUUAAGCCUGUUCUUCAUUUGUUACGAAUGUGUGUAUGAGUGUGUGAGUGAGAAAAGUGCCUUCUAAUUUUUCUACUGACCAAAACAUUGACAUUCGCUAAGCCGUGCAGAUUAAAGCCCCUCUCAUCCACACCUAAUAGCAUUUUUUCUUACGUGAUUCUCCUCACUCACAUCAAGACAGACUGUCGACUGUUUACGUGUUAAUAACUCGGGGCUUCUGUUUGUGAGAUGAAGCCUCUUAAUUGAGAUACUACUUAUGUGUAUGACACACUUUGAUAUCAGCGUCUGCUCGGUCAUUAAUUGUUAGUUUGAGGAAUCUUUUUUUAUGUGAAUGCUUGGAAAUAAAUAAACAUUUUCUAAUGAACUCAAAUUUCAAUGUUUUUUUUUAUUGAUCGUACUUUUUCUCAGCGUACGUUAUUGUCAUGUUUGGUGGGUCUGCCUUAAGUGUGAGUGUCUGAGUGUGGUAUCUGGGCUGUUUGUUUCUGCGGUGAUGUGCUGUCUUCUGUAGAGGUCUCUACAGCAUGCAGUGAUUUUAGAACUUUGGGCCUAUUAAGCAUGCAUAGCAUAGCAAUGCAUGCUCCCUCAUUAUUCCCUUUUCUCCCCUAAAGACACACAAACACACACACACACCCUGCACUUUUAAAUCACUUGAGUUUUUUGAACAGGACUUGAUACAAAAAAUUAUGAGUAAAAAAGCUCAUCGAACAUUUACUUGUGGAGAGGACUCUGUGGGUGUUUUUAUAUCAAUAUAUAAAUAUAAAACACAUUUUUUCUCUUUUGUCCAGUGGAAGAGGGAGCAGGAGUUUGACCUGCAGUUACUGGAGAGGGCUGUUCAGGGGGAGGAGGCACAGGGGGUGAGGAGCGUCCAGGGAGAGGAAAGACCUCCUGAACACAAAGAGAGACCCCGCCCACACUCGGACGAAUGGCUAACCUUCCGCUCCACGGCCACAACCCCUCCCUCACAUGAGCCUGACCUGGAACCGCUAGACUAUGACCUGGACCUUAACAAAGAGGUGUGUUACAGUUAGAGCUAAAAGCAUUAAAAGGCCAUAAAUGAAAUGAAAUUAGCAAACAAGUCAGGAGAAAACAGCUGGAUAUAUAUUUGUACCAAUGCAACAUUACAAAUAUGAAUAUCUUCUGCUGAAUCCAUCUCUUUUAGCUGCCGGAUCAUUAUUCUGCUUUCUGAAAGGUUUAGUUUGGUGUUAUUGGCUUUGCUUUGAAAAACUGUUUAUCUCUAGUCUAAUUUACUCAUCCUCAUAUCCUUCAACUGGGCAAAUGGAAAGAUUUUGUCCUUUUUUUUCCAGGUAACCCUCCUUCAAGAAAGAGGCAGAGAUGUUUAUAUACCCUGUUUCUGUUUUGUGCAGCUUUCUAAGCCCCAGAAGGUGUUGAUACCAGAGCGCUACGUGGAUUCAGAGCCAGAGGAGCCUCUCAGUCCUCAGGAGGUGGAGGAACGCCAUCGCAAAGUGGAGCGCAUUAAGAACAUCUUGGCUAAGUCUAGGUAAGUAACAUAGAGGUGAACCGUGUUCCUGAUCGAGGACUUCUUGGCUUUUUGGGCAGGCCUUUACCAAAUUGCACAUUACUCCCGGUAAAUCAUUUUUGGUUAAUUUGUUUUUUAAUGUUUUUGUGGGUGAAUCAGUGUGCAGAACCUUGCAUCUACAGUAACUGUGGAUAAACCAGAUGCAGGGCUUGUGGCCCUUGACUCAGCUCUGCAGGAGCAGGAGCGGAUCAUCACCAUGUCCUACGCUCUGGCCUCAGAAGCUUCACUCAAGAGCAAACUGGUUGCAGGUCAGUCAGCCUGUUUGCACUCCACUUACUCUGCUGCUUCGUACCCCAGUGUGAACAGUGUUUCAGAUGAGGUCAAUUGUAAAUGUUAUUUUUAUUUAGAUUAAAGCUGCUGUAAAUAUUAUUAUAUUUUUAUUGUAAAUAUAAUUGUUGACUUUAUUUUUUUCUUAUUUGUUCUUCAAAUCAUUCAAUCAAUCAAUCAAAUUUGACUAAUAUAGCACCAAUUCACAACAGUCGUCAUCCCAACGCUUGCAGAUGAAAAUGACAAAUCAAACUAGGGCUGCACGAUAUAUCAUUUAAGCAUCAUCAUCGCGAUGUACAUGUGUGCGACAGUCACAUUGCAGAGCCUGUGAUGUAGGGUGAAUUCUUCUAAUUUCGAGGGUAGCUGAUUGACAUACAAUGCGUGUGUAGACACUGCGUGUGCUGUGAAGCGAUACACCAAUCAUAUACGUUCUAUACUCAGUUGCCAAUCAGACUACCCUGCCAGCUGUCAAUCGAAAUCAGAGAGGAGGAAACCACGCCCCUGCACAUGGAGUCAGUUGCUGGCACUGCCGGUGUUGUGCCAAGAAACGCCUGCCUGCCGAGAAUGACUUUCGGAACAUUACUCAUCACUGUUUAGCUCCACAAAUAAGAAUUGUAUGGGUUUUGCUGCGUUCGAGUUACCUCGGAAGUCAAAAGUCUGAGCUGAAAAUGAUGUCACACCUGAGUUCCCAGCAUUUCAGUGACCAAAAAGCAAAAUCGGAGGCCUGAAACAAGAUGGCUACAUCUACGAAAGCUAUUUCAGCACUUGCCUUAUAUUCGGACAAGGCAGGCGCUAAAGUAACUUUCGUAAAUGUAGCCAUCUUGUUUCCGCCUUUGAUUUGGCUUUUUUUCUGACUUGGUAACUAAAACAGUUCGGAGCUAAAAAUAUCUCUAAAAGCUAAAAUAUCUCUAAGACAGACAGAAGCCGUUUUUCUAACAUUCACAAAAAGAGGUAAGAUCAGUGCAGGUUAAUUGUCUGCUAGAUUUCAGCAUAAAGUGCUAUUCAGGUCAUCUGGUAAAAAUUCCUGUAUUUCUUAAUAUCGUAUUAUAUAUCGCAGGGUUGAAAAAAAUUUAAAUGUUAGUUGUUUCCAAUAUCGUGCAGCCCUACUUUGAGUCCUUUGAAUUGUACGAUAAGGAAUCUGUGCUUUAAAAAAAGAGUGUAAAGCCUGUCCUCUUCUGAAACUCUUACAGAAAUAAUUACUGUAUUUACACUGUAAAAAAAACACACACACACUAGCACUGACAGGUUCAGUAACUUUCCCCCAGGCUUCAAAUUGACACCUUUUGGUUCAAGAAGGGAUGGUGGGGAAAACUCUGGAUUGAUGGAGUGGAGAUGAGAAGGGCACUAGGUGCAGAGUCAAGUGAUAAGGCUGUUCAUUUCCUAAUAAGUGAACAUUAUUCCUUCUUAGGGGUGCAGAUAGCCUCUAAUUGCAAUCCAUGUAGAAUCUUUCAGACAGGGGAGGAAUCACUUGAUGAGGCCGUUUUGUGUGCUGAUCAAUGACCCAGUCAAACUCCACUCUCCUUCUGCGCACCGCUGCUGCUGCUGCUGCUUUGAACAUAGCUCUGAACCUUCAUAAAAGACACUGUGCACACUUUUCAUCUCUCUCAUACUCUACAGCAGACAGGCAAGUUCAUUUUCACUGUAGCUGCAGCAGGUUGUCAGUCUGUCUGCCUCACACACACACAUACACACACGCUCGCACACGUAUACAUGUCACACACAGUAACACUCAAGCUGUCAGCGUGUGUGGAAGCUUAAUAUGCACAGUGAGGCAAAGUCAACAAUUAUAACAUUAUUUCCAGCAUUGAGAAAUGUCAGGGAAUAUAACUGGUGGCAUCUUGUCAGAAGAGACUAAUUCACCCUCUCUCUCUCUCUCUCUCUUUCUCUCUCUCUCUCUUUGGUGUUAAAAGAAGGUACGCUUGUGCACUUUCAAACCCCUGAAAUUAAAAGAAGUGUCUUUUUUUUCCGUAUUAUGCAUGAGAGACUUCAAUGAAAGCUGGCACACAGGCAGGAAUGUGCAGCAGUGCAAUAACUCACAGUUUAUAUCAUGGGGCUGUGUGUUUUUUUAUUUAAUCUUUUUUUUCUUGAUUUUAAAACAUUUUGGCAUUUUGGACCAAAUCAUUUGGAAUAAAGAGAGCAAUCUUUAACUUUGUGCUGGAAAAUGAAAUACAUUUUAUUCACUCUACAAGAUUUCAUGUCUCUAAUAGUGGCUCAAUAAUUUUCCUCCCUUUAAAAAAAACAGCUGCCCUUUUUUUUAUUAAAGAUUGAAACGAAGUUAUGGACUACAGACCAUAGGGGUGGGAGAAAAAUCGAUAUGGCAUAGUAUCGCGAUAUUUUGUCUGGUGAUAUAUCGUAUCGUCUCAAGUAUCUAUUUUUCAAAUUAAUUGUUAAUAUGAAGUCAAAUCUAUGAUUGUAGAAAAAAAUAAACUCAACUGUUUGUCCAGUGAGGAUGGCAGAGGUGACGUUAUAGAGCAGGAGGAAGUUAGUACAACAAAUUUAUAUAGAUAUAAGGUUUGCAAGAUGUGCUACAUGAAAAUAAAAUACAGCGUAAACAAGACAAACAUAAAGGAAAGACAAAUGCUAAGUUAGCUAAACAGUUGAAAAAAAUUUUAUGAAUCGCAAUAUAUGGUAUCGCAAUACUGACUGUAUUGCAAAAUGUUAAAAAUCGCAUUCAUAUCGUAUCAUGGCCCGAGUAUCAUGAUGAUGUCGUAUUGUGGGGCCACUAGCGAUUCCCGCCCCUAUUUCUUAUUACGUCUUAUUACCUGACCCUGUUUCAGCCUUAGUGGACAAUUUUAGAUGCCUAAUAAGGGGAGAGGGAGGAUCAUUAUUUCGCCCUUUAAUGCUUGAAACCACAAAUUAUGGCCAGAAAAUUAAAGGGUGUUUAUUGGAGCUGAAAUGUUUAUUUCACGUACUACUGAAAACUGAAAAAAAUCAAAAUGUCCUUAAAAUUUAACAAAUAUAAAUAUUUAUCUCUUUUGAUACAUUAGAUGUUUAAGACCACAAGAGGUCAUUUUCAUCAGUUAUCAGACUGUAUUCAGGUGUUUUUUAAAGUAAUUUGUUGCUUAUAUUGAUUUGAUGGCAGUAUCAUAAAAGUGUGUAUCAAAUAUGAUACAAAAGGCAUUCAAGGGUUAAGAUUGGUUCGUUGAUUCAUACAGACCCCCAAAUUUUCCACAGUGUUCUAGGUUCAAAUUUACUGCUUUUUUUCUUACACAGUAAAAUUCAUACUUCUGUGGGUUUUUGGUGGGAUGCUGUGACAAAAAAAGCAGAGAGAGUGAAAUGCACCAGGGUGUUGGGUGAUUAGAUUAGAUUAUUGGCAGAUCAGCUCAUGAUGAGGGUAUCCAUACAUGUCAAACCAGCAUCUGCUGUGAUAAAGACGACGUGCUCUGUUCGUGGGUUUGAUCCUUCCUCUGUGCCAAAAACCUGUCCCACCGCUGGCCCUUUGACUGACAGCCUCUGUGUUUUUUUUCCUUCUCUGUUUUCCUCUCCGCCAUAGUUUCACCACAGGCUAACCUCCCUUCACCUCCGCCCCUACCCCCUCCUCCACCUCCUCCUCCUCUUCCCCCUGUAUCUGCUGUGUCUGUGGCGCCUCCUUCUCCUCUAAGCAACGGAAUUCACUACACAUUUGUCUAAUAAUCCAAGAAAUAAAGUAAGGCUUAUCUGCAUGUUUUAUAGCGCUAAUGUUUUCAAGGCUUCACUCAUCCCCUCUUAGAAGUGAACGCUCCUGCACGCUCUGCACCUCCCAGCAUGCUCAGUGCUCUGCUGUGAUUGUAGGAAACAGGUUAGGAAGCCCUACCUCUGCUCCCAUUAUGAUCCAAACAAACAUCUGCAGGCAGUCAGCUCAUCCCGCUGUGAUAAUUGUUUGUAAAUUGUUUUUUUUUUUCUUUUUGUAUCGCUGCCAAAAUAUUUAUGGAUGGAUGAGGAAAGAAAGGGCUCCAGCGAACAAGACUGUUUGUAGCAUUGUGUAUAAUUAACAAAGGAGACACCUUUUGAUUUAGCGCCUUGACAGUUCAGUAGUCAGCACAGCUGCAUUCCUCAGCACCAAUUAGCUCCCCAUCUGCAGCCUGGAAGAGUUAGUUAGGAGAAGAAACUGCAGACAUCACUGUUGUUAGUGUAAAUACAGGAAGAAGGUGUCAUUUAUUCCCUUUAAAAAAAAAUCCAUCUGUCAGCUAACACCAGCAGAUAUUUGAUUACUAAAAUUUAUUCCUCAAUUCUUUCUACAUCAGAGAAUAAAAUCAUCAUAGACGCACAGGUGAGGAAUAAAACUCUGCAUUCAGAUUUGAAAGAAGGUGUCACAAAGAAAAGGUACAAAGACGUACAAUCAUCAGGUACCGAUAAAGUAAUGAGCCCAUCUGAGCGACUGUGACCUUUAACUUUUUGGUAAGUGCAGCGUUUGAGGAGGAAUAACAGCAUGAAAUGUCUCUUUUCAGUGUUGCAUGACUUGAAUGUGUUAUCGGCUUCUGGAUGAAGAAACUUCAUCCUUUGAAAUCUGGUGUGGUUGCAUGCCUACUGUAGUGUUCUGUGUGAUACACACUGUAUGCAGCUCUCUAGCCCCUGGUUCAGGUCUGAUGUUUGAGAAAAGUCAAGGUGUUCAGAUACCGCUCUGCCAUAAAACAGCUUUGUGUCCACUGGUAAAGAUCCUUUUUUUUGACGGCAUUUGCUUGAUAAGUUUGAGGGCUUUUCUCACCCCCGCCAUGAUGAUGGUAUUUUAGGGAGCAGGAUUACAGAAAAACCAGAGUGGUUUUCAUUAAAUUUGGUAUGAGGGUGUGGCAACAGCUGAUGAAAUGUUGGACCUUUAGAGCAGGAAACUGUCAUGUUGCACAGAGUUUAUAGCUUUAUCAAUAAAAUGCAGUGCUUAAUAAUAUCAGAGUACACAGCUGCCAGUAAUAUAGGACUGCUGGAGUAUCUUAAAAAUGAAUUUUCUACUCUUUAUUCUGUCUGUCAAAGAUAACUUCACGGUUGAAAACAAACUUCUUAGAGAGUUAGACCCACUACUCAACAGUAUUGAUUUAGUUUGUUAAUCUUGCUCUUUAAAUUACUGUGGAUAUAAAAAAGAUAAAUAUGUUUUUAGAUAAAGAUGUUUUUGAUUUGAUGAAUUCUUAUCAUUUCUCCGAAUUGUUAUGUAGUCAGGAUUUUUGUCCAAGUAUUGCACAAACACCACAUUUCAACAACAGAACGAUCAUCUUCAUAAAGUAGAAAUGAAAAAACACACUGCGCUGAUUUUGUUCUGACUUUGUCUUCUCUAUUUUAUUUUAGCUCAAGCGAUUUCUGGACACUGAGGUGCUUUUCUACGAUGGAAAAAAGACUUCUGGAUUCUGCGAGAAAACAGGAUUUUGUCUCGAUUUUUACUCAGCAGUACUGAAACUGAACUUCGUGUCUAACUUGAUCUCUGAGGCUUAUGCAGCAUUGAGUAUUUCUAAAAGUGAGGGGGUCUUUGCGGUGGGAGCUGUUGUGCUUAAUAAUUAUGGAACUGUCUAAUAAAUGUAAAUCUCAUAGUAAUAAAAAUAUUUUCUACAUGUCAUUGCACUUUAAUUGUACACUGUAUCAUGUUUUCAAGGUACGACUGAAAGGCUUUUCUUUGCAGUAUGUUCUCAACUGGGAGCCUGGUUGUAUUUUUCUUUAUUUUGUCAGGUACACAAUGUUAAGAAGCAGAGGUAUUGAAGCAUCAUGAUGGUAGUAUUUUUGUCAAAACUCAGAUAAUAUUCUUACACCAAACCACUUGAAAUAUCAUCUGUAUGUACCUGUAGCACUGCCAGUCUCCUUUUAGCUUGCCAAAUGAAUUUUAUUUUUGCGUACAUCAGGAUGAAAGUAACCUUUAACAUAUCUUCUGUGUGACUGGGGCAAGGUUGCACAAUGGACAUUUAUAAAAAAUGUGAAUAUUAAAGAUAUUAACACAUUAUCUGGUUCAUCAUGGAUCUCUCUCUUCUUUUUUACAGCUGUUAAAGUAGUGAGCAGAGAAACUAAAUAUUCAUCCUGUUACAGCAUAAAAAGGUUGUUCAUGAUCUAAAUGACAUUUUUCAUAAUAAGUCUCCAUCUCUGUCACUCUUUUCCUGGUGCAAUCUCAUUGGUUGCUGUCCACCAAUGAGAGUCAAAGUUUUAAACUUCCCUCCUUUAAAGACCCACUCCGAUGAAAAUCAUGUUUUUCUUGUUGUUUACAUGUUCAUGUGGCAUUUUUCUUAUGCUACAGGACAUAAUCAUAGAAAACUAAGAGCAAAACUGCAUUUCUGAGUAUUUCUGCAUUCAAAUCGCGCUGAAUGUCUCACAGACCCCAACAGCAGGUUCAGACCACAGACUGUAUAUACUAUGGACAGCUUGACUCCGCCUUAUAUGUCCGUAUAUUUGGGAUUUUCCUCCAUUUCCUGGAACCACCAUUUGUGCAGUAGUAUUAUACACAUUCAGUGGGAGAGUCGCCGAGUCGUUGUGAUGAAACUCGGCUCAAACAGCGCAUCCUCCGGGUGAGCUACGCAAUCUUUGCAUCUUAGGCUGUAUCAAGUGUCAAUAGAAAACAUGAACCUCCUAAUAACUUUCAAAAAAUGAAGCUGCACAGAAAAAAGAGGACUUACUGUAACUACAUGUCAACAUCGCAAACAGGGGGGAGAAAAAUGUUUCUUCUGUGUAAUUAAUUUCUAAAGUUUGUCCACAGCUCCAUAGGGAUUGCUGGAGGAGGUGGGAUUUAUGACCUAUACUGAAACCUGUCACCAGAGGGUGCUGUUCUCACGGUGGCUUCACCCAGGGAGGAGGCAGAUGGUGUACAUUCUAUAUACAGUCUAUGGUUCAGACACAGUGAGAAUUCCUACGUCACAACUCCAAGCUCCGCCCCCAGGGCCCCGUUCUGCAGGCCAGACUCUAAAAAGUAGAUACGACGAUCACGGAACAAGCGUGUGCGUCAGCGGAUUGCAAUGCUAGUAAGAAAGCUAAUUAAGAUAUUAGGUUUCAUCAUGUCUCCAAAGACCGGCAAUGUUAGGCUACAAGCUAACGUGAAGUGGAGUGUGCAGAGCAGCGCUGUCUCCGCCCACGACUCAGAGACGAAUCGCUAAUGAGCUACUAGAGCUCUGCAGAAGAAAUGUCCUCGAAAGUGACACAGGUAACGUGAUUUUGGCUAAAAACUUCAUAAUCACGAUUUGAAGACCACUGAGAACACUUUAAAUAGUAAAAAAAAUUGGAACGGAAUGGGACUUCAAAAAGAUUGCGUCAUACUUCACCACAAAGGUAGAAACACAAAACGUUUAAACUGAGUUUGUCAAAUAUUGUGACUUUGGAGCUCAGCUGUUCUGUCUGUUUUAGAGGAUUUGGUGCAUAGAAGUUGAAAAUGUCAAUAUCAACUCUAAAGAUAAAGUUCGUAUUUUCUCUCUGGUUGAGAAAUAAGACUAAAAAGUGAACUUCCGUCUAGAAAGGCCCCUUUGUUUUUGAACAUAUCUCACUGAUGCCCUCAUUGAGCGCAUCGUAAUUCUAAUCAUGUACAAAGAAAAUGUACAAAAUGUGCACUCAUCAGAGCUUCAAGAUUCUGUUUGAACUUCUACAUUGAUUGCCUUGACCCAUUAAACUUCAUGCUAUUAUUUGAAAAGGGAACCAAACUAUGGCAUGCUCAAAGGAGGUGAACUUUCAAUACAAAAAAGAGAAAGAGAGGGAGAGAGAGGGAGAGAAAGGGGCUUCUUGAAAUGUUUCUUAAGUUCAAAGCUUCUCCAUCUCAAAAGAGCAUUUUUAAUUCCUUGUAUUUUCAAGCAAGAAGGUGGAUACUAAUAACUCUGGGUUCUGAAGAACAGAAUUCAUAUCUUUAAAUCAUGAACUAUGUCUCCAUUGCAAUUGUAAGAAGAAACCUCUGAGAAAUUCAUGUAUUGAACUUCUGAUUUUAAAAGAAAGGGAUAUAAGUGAAAUGAUUGUUUUUAAAAAUUCAUUUUAAGGGCGCUAUUAUCAUCAAACUUUGCAUUUUUCCACACAAAUAUUUAUCAUACAUCACCCCGGUGCAUGUGCAAAGAUGAUGUAAUUCAAACAUGUUUAAUAGAUGCGGCGCCCUCGCCCUCCUUUGCUUGUCUCAGCCCUUGUGUUUGGCUCCCUCCCGGGUGACAUCUUCAUCUUUAAUUGGAGAGUAAUUACUUUCCCUCGCCUGCUUCAUGGUGUGCUUUGAACACACCUGAGAGAGGAGGCUGCACCUCCCUAAGCAGGAUCCUCCUCCUCUUAGCCUCUGUCUGUCCUCCAGGAUCAGGGGCCCCUUGGCGCCUGCUGGCCCUAGUGGCAAGAAGAAGAAGAAGAAGACCCCUCACAUCCUCUGUUGUGCUUAUUUGGCAAUAAAAUGGGAUGUUUUUCCCUCCUCCAGCAAAAAAACUCACCCAGGACCCUCCACUGAGGAUUGUGGCAUUUCCAUGUAUUGACGUUUGGCUGCUGGUUCAUAUACAUUUGUUAUUCUCUGCUCUGGACUUCAAAGAGAAUGAAAGAGGGCCUAUUAUGCUAAUUGGGUCCUGUUCUGUUAAACGCAAUCGAGGCCUCCUGCAUUAAUCCUUCACUAAACACUCUCUGGCUUCAGAGAUGCUUUUUCAGGUGAGACACAUACUGUUCAGUUUCCUGACGGGAGUGUUUGUGGAAGAGUCAAUUUUGUAGAAGUAAAUCUAGGAUAAUAAGUUUGUAGGGGUGAAUAAAACGUCUUGUUUUAAGACCUCAACAGAGCCAAAGUGCCUCCUGUCUGUUUAUGAUUAAAAAGAAAGUGAUGAGGUUAAAGCUUUGACGCCAGCUUCUUUUUAUGUCAGUUUUUUUCUCCUCUCUCUGCUUGAAAGGAGGAGUCUAUGGAGACCACACUGAGGAGUCCGACCUUGUUCUCAGGUCUACAUUGUUCACUGCACAGCGCACUGCAUUUGUAACAUAUUCACACUUUCCCCCCUGACAUGAGAAGAGAAAGGAGGAAAGCCUACACUGAUUCCCAGUGAUACCGAUUUCCAUCACAUAAAUAUUAUUGUUCCUCUCCGCGAGUGUCUGAGGAUUUAGAUUAUAGUGGAGGCACAGCCUGCGCCUCCUUUGCACACUGCGGGGAUCCGGAUUGUAGUCCAAUUGUACAAAUACAAAACCAAGGAAGCCCAUGCAAUAGGUGCUUUGAUUUCAAAAUAGUAUUUUAUGCUGUUUUAUCAUUUCCAGGCUCCACAUAUGGUACAUUUUUUAAUAUGUAAGAAAUGGAAUCGUGAUUUGUUUAAUAAUUGAAGAGUUAGGAAUCACUGAAUAUUCCUCCCAAUGUGCUGUGUGCACACUAUAAAAAGAAAAGAGAGAGAGAGAAAGAGAGAGCUGGAUUACAGUCCUGCCUCUCCACAGUCGCCUUACUGUGUGCUCUCACUAAAACAAUGCCUUUUGUGCUAUCUUUUAUUUCUUUAUUAAAGCUUUUGAGACGGUGAUAUCAUCGGGAGACGAUCCACAAAGAGAAAACAUAUUAAAUAUUCCUGAACAUUAAUGAUUAAAGUUGUGUUGAGAAUGUGCUGUGUAACAUUAAACAAUAAAUUAAUCUCAUGUCCCUUAAACGGAAGGAUUUUACAAUACCUACAGUGAAUUGGGCUUUUUGUACAUAAAAGCAAUUGCUUUGUAAAUGAACCAAAUGCCCCUGGGCCUCCUCUUUAAUCUAGCUGCUGCUGCGCGCACACACACACACACACACACACACACACAGAAAUGAAAUUUUCUACAUGCAGCUGCUCUAAUGAAGGACAUGAAUUUACUGAUCCACAUAGUAUUUGUUCUUUUUUUAUGGACAUUAAUAUUGAGUCGAUACCUUUAUUCAUAAAAUGGUGCCAUACCUGACCCACUUGGAUUUUAAUUUACACACUUCAAUCUGUGUGAUUAUUUUUUUCUCUAAAACAUACAGAUAAUAGCUCAAGAACAAGAAUUCACACUUGUUCAUCAUUUCCUGUCGACUGUUCACAAAAAUCAAAAACCUUUCCCCUGAUCCUGGUCUUCACAGAUCCACAAGAAACUCUGAAGGUAUUUAAUUUAAUGUGAACUGUAUAUACACAAACACACAAACACAAAGUAUUAUAAAUAAUUAUCAUUUACUGUGUAUUUACUAUAACCACAGUGUUGAUAUUUGUGGAAGUGUUCGCCCUGCCUGUAUGACGGUCUCUUUGAUAAGUAUAUAAUUAAAAUUGGCAUGUUGCACUCCUUAUUUCAACAUGAUUAAUCACUGCUCCUCUGUUAACUUGAAAGGAAAUAUUAGAUCCUGACUAAACUUUGAUGAAAUUCAGAGUUACAAGUAAGAGAUUUGGGUCAACUAAUGAGAACAGAGCGUCCCACUUUGCAAGUCCAAUUGGGAGAGAGUCCAUUUGCAUGUAUGCAAAUACUGUUUGACUUAAUUGCAUAACUUGGCGUUCUAUAAUGACUAAGCUGUGUUGGAUUUGUGGGUGUUGGUCGCUUACAGCCGGACCAUGUCAACAGUUCAUCUCAUGAAUGGAAGGUCACAGAGUUUGCAGAUAACACUCCUUAUAGAUUCUCUCGAUCACCUUAUAAUAUGUUUGCAUGAUUGUGUAAAAAUCAAGUACAAAGUCAGGAAAAAUAAUCAUACAGUUUAUGAACCUGAAUGUAUAAAUGAGAAUUGUUUUAAAUGAAGUGAUUUGCAGUUUUGCAGAGAAAGGUAUUGGGUUUUAAUUUAAAGUAUUGGGUAGUGUGUAUCAAUGCUCUUGACUAUUGAACGGGAUACCUUACAGUUUAGAAGCAUCUAUUUACUGUGAGUUAACAUGAGCAUAUUUUCAAGAAUAUUGAAGUAUGUAAUUAUUCAGCUACAACUAGUUUGUUAAACAUGUUUAAUAGCAUUUUUCUGUUUUUCACACCUGCACUUAUCAGUAUACUGAAUAUAUAGAUAAUAUACAUAAUUAUAUAUAUAUUAUUUUGUUGUAAAGCCUAUUCAUACCUGCAGUAACCAACACCAUGUAUAUAUUUUUAGCAUAUCCAUUGCACAUAUAUAUAGUACAUUUAGUUCAUACCUGCACUGCCCAUAUGUACAUACCUUGCACUUUACCACCUUGCACUUCUGGUUAGAUGCUAAACUGCAUUUCAUUGUUCCUGUAGUUGUGCUGUGUUCAAUGACAAUAAAGUUGAAUCUAAUCUAAUCUAAUUCAUGAAACUGGUCUAAAUGCAUCAUAAUGAGGUUCAUUUGUUACAGGGGCAGCUGCAGAUAAAUCUGAAUGUCCUCUUUCUUCACUGAAACAAUAAUUGUGUGUGUAAUUUAGAUGCAUUUAAAUUUUGUUUAUGAAUGCUUCAUACGGUGGCUUUCUUACUGUUAAAGGAAACAUAAUUGUUUAUUGUCAUGCAGAAAAAGUUUGAAGUGCAGAUUGUCUCCUGUAAUAAAAUAAUUAUGAGUCCUUACAGUGGAUAUAAAUCAGUGAAUAAGUGAGAAGGAUUCAGCUGCACACCUUUAAAACCUGCUCUGGCUGCACUGUAAUCAGAGCACCCCUCUCCUCCUCCUCAGUCCUCACUCACUGACUAAUUAAGUAUGCAGAACAGGAGAAGAACACAUGUUAAUUUAAUGUAACAAAAAUGUUGAUUUUCAUGCACUCUCCUUUUCAAAUAUUUAUGGGCUAGACUUGAAUUUUCAAGAUGCAUCAAAGACUCACAGGGUAUGCAAAUGGGUCCGCCUUACCCCCCAACAAGUUGGACUGUCUUCUGCUCUUCACGCUGACUUUGUGUUCUACCAUCUGAGCUGCAAAGAGGACGCCAUUACACACAGUAACCUCCAAACUGGGGGACUUUGAGUUUUCCUUUCAAGAGAUACAACAACUUCAUUCAUAGGUUAUCCUGUGUCACACUGUGUAGAUGGAAGUAGGACUGGGCGAUUUGGCCAAAAAGAUGAUCACGAUGUACUUUGUCAUAUUGUCCGAUCUCGAUUAUUAUCACCAUUUUUUUUUUUUUAGCUGUCAGUUUUAAAGCAUCUGUACUUAAAACAAACAAAAGGAUAAAUACCAAAUAAGACGUUAAAUAACUUUUUUUCUCAACAAUAACGUCUUCGGAGGAUGACUCAAAGUCAUGGCUGACACAUAUUUUACUGCCCUCAGCUCCACGUUCGGUUACUCUGUUUACUUGUCCAGCAACUUACAGAGGCGAGCAGGAAAAGCUCGACUCUGAUUGGCUGUUGUGAUGCACAUUUUCGCCAAGUUUGAUCGAGUAAAUAAGCUCACAGUUGAUCACCGUGAUCGGACUGAAAUUUAUCACAAUCAUUAAUCGCCCAGUCCUAGAUGAAAGCCUAUAAAUAAAUACCACACUUCAAAAAACGAAACAAUGAAUGCAUCCUCUUCUGGAUUAUAAUCAAAGUCAAAGUCAACUUCAUUGUCAAAUAUGCUAUACAUGUUAAACAUACAGCACAGAAUAAACUAUAAGAAUAAAACUAUAAAAGUAUAAAGAUAAGAAUAAACAACUAAACUCAACAAAAGACUACAUUAAAUACUCUCAAUUGACAAAAUAAAGAGAACAAAAUAAACAGCAUAACAGUAUAAAUAUAAGAAAGAAGGUGAAUGUAAACAGUGUGGCAGUCCUGAUGUGAACACAAUAGUGCAAAUAGUGCAACUUAUUAUAGUUCCCUAAUAAAGACUGUGGCCCCAAACCUCAGAUUUUACCUCGUUAACUCCUCUGAUUAUUGCGGGUGAGAGGGUUUUCUGCCUGUAAUUACCGUAAUGUCCAAAAGGUGGCGCAUGAGACACACGAAACCCACAUCUCGGUCUCGGUUAGUUUACUCCUCUUGGAGAGACUCCACACACACUCACACACACAGUCACACACACAC